GUGACGUCACUGCCGUCUUGCUGGAUACUCUGUAACACUGAAUAACCGGCUGAUACAUUGUGACAGCUCAGCGCGAAUCGGCGAUCGGCCUGCAGGGGGGGUAAUAACACGCAGGCUGUGAGUGGCCGGUCAUUAAGGAAUGGCAGAAGCCGGGUCCCUGCAGUGACUCCCCCCCAGUGUGGAUACACUAUGGAUCAGGCUCUGAGUGAGUCCCACCGGGGCCCCCACGCUGCCAAUGACUGGGAUUUCCUGGAUAUAGACAUGGAGCAGGUCGACCUGCGAGCUCUGCCCACCGCCCUGAUCGGCUGUAACCUGGAGGCCAGCGUGUUCCAUGAUAUCCUGAGCCGGGUGAGUUUACAAUCUAAUUCCUGGCUACAGGCAGGGACAGGGGGUCAGCAUGUGUGGGGUGGGGUGUUUGCAGGCCGAGGUAAAGGCUAGCAUGGGGGUGUUAGCAGGCCAGGGAGAGCAGGGUUAUGGGUUGGCAUGAGGGGUGCUAACAGGUCAGGGUUUAGUAUGGGGGGGAUUGAAGGACUGCAGGCCAGUGGUCUGCAAGAUUGGGGAUGGAGUCAAGGUAUGCAAAGUAGGGGGAGCAGGCCAGGAUUAUCAAGAUGGGGUGCCAAAAGUGGGUAUUGGAGUACAGGGGGCCGUAUCAUUGCUUGUCUGAUGGGUACAGGGUUGGGGGGGGGUCUGUAUUCCAGAGUUUCUGAUGGGUACGGGGAUGGGAGGCUGUAUUGCAGAAUUUCUGAUGGGGAUGGGAGGCUGUAUUGCAGAAUUUCUUAUGGGGUUGGGAGGCUGUAUUGCAGAAUUUCUGAUGGGUACGGAGUUGGGAGACUGUAUUGCAGAAUUUCUGAUGGGUACGGGGUUGGGAGACUGUAUUGCAGAAUUUCUGAUGGGUACGGGGUUGGGAGGCUGUAUUGCAGAAUUUCUGAUGGGUACGGGGUUGGGAGGCUGUACUGCAGAAUUUCUGAUGGGUACGGGGAUGGGAGGCUGUAUUGCAGAAUUUCUGAUGGGUACGGGGAUGGGAGGCUGUAUUGCAGAAUUUCUGAUGGGUACGGGGAUGGGAGGCUGUAUUGCAGAAUUCUGACAUCUUUACCUUUUUGACGUGGUUAUAGUGCCUGGAGUCCCCUAGCGCAGCCAGUCUAUUCGGUGAUAAACUGUUUUAGUACAAUAGAAGUGUCCCUGGCACCCCAUCCUGUCUUUGUUGCCCAGACUUGUGAGUAAGCAAUGGAUGGCUGUAAUGGGCAGUUUCAGCGUAUCACAGUGCCAUUGCUGGUAUGACUUAGUAUGGCUAGAAGGAAGUAUGUAAUCUAUGCCUUAGUCACACCUCCAGGUUGCAGAUGGCCAGGCACCCUUAUGUACUGUUAAAUGAACACUAUAGCAUUAGGAACACAAACCUGUAUCCUAACUUAAUAGCAUUCUACUCCUUGACGUGUGUGAGGACGUUGAGCAGUGAGCACUUCCUGUCAGUCCGGCCGGGUACAAGAAACACAAGCUCCUGUACUGCGGUCUGCAGAACAGGUAGGAGGCAGAACAGGGAAGGGAGGCGGGAGAUGGCACAAAGAUGGGGAAAAAGACCACUAAGGGAGUGGGGGAGGGAAAAGAGACCACUAAGGGAGGGAAAAGGCCACCAAAAGGGGAGAGACUACUAAGGGGAGAGACCACUAAGGGAAAGCUUUGGGGAAGGAAACUCUAAGGAACAGUGGGAAGGGAGAGCAUUAAGGACUGCUAUAGGUACCCAGACCCUGAAGGCCAUUAGAGGCCAUUUCCGGGAUUUACACUGAGUAUAUUGCACUUAUCUGGCGCUGGACGUCCUCACGGCGGAAAGCAUUAUUCGGGAGAUGACGUCGGCUGACGAUUAAGGUAAGUGGCUGAAAGGGUUUUAAUCCCUUCAGCGCCGAGGGAGGGGGGAUCUCCAAGAACCUAUAGUGCCAGGAAAACUGCACUAUAGGAGGGGGGCAGAGGAGAGCACUAAAGGAUAGGCGGGGAUGGUAGAGCACUAAGGGAUAGCAGAGUAUUAAGGAGCAGGAGGGGAGGGGAGAGCACUAAGUGGCAGGAGAGGAGGGAAAAGCACUUAGGGGACAACACUACACACAUACACAAUGCAUCCCUAACACAUACAGACACACCAAAACAUACAAUGCAUCCUACACUCACACAGAAACACACCAUGCAUCCAUUACACACACACACACACACACACACACACACACUGCAGCCCUUAAUGCAUCUCUUACACACUGCAUUAAAUACACAGAAACACACCUUGCAUCCCUUACACAUACACAGAUUCACACAAUGCAUCCCACACACACUACAUCCCUUACACAAACUGGUAUCCCAAUACACUACAUUACAUCCUCUACAAUAACACAAAACACAUCCUCCUAUAUACAUACACUCCACGCACUGUGAGCGAACUCAUGGGUGGGUCUUGCAGGCAUACUCAGUCAGACCCUGGGGGCCCAGACCGCGAUCUGUGUAAGGGCCCCCAAAAAGUGCAGCUACUACCUGAUCAUUUAUUUUUGUGAGCACUGCCUCCAGAGAGCCUGUUUUAACACCAGACCAGUGGAGCCACACUGCAGCCUGAGCCCAUCAUCCUCUUGUCCUCAUCUGGUGGUAAGUAGGCAACCCAGUAUAUUAUUAGUGGCACUAAUCUCUAAUUUACCUCUCAUUAACCCCUUAAGGACCAAACUUCUGGAAUAAAAGGGAAUCAUGACAUAAUGAACUUAAUUUAGUGGUUCUGGUGUCUAUAGCCUGUCUCUGCAGGAUUUUUAAUGUAAACACACUGUCUUUUCAGAAACAAGACACUGUGUGCAGCACUAGCGUUAACGCAUAUGGCAGAUCAUAUGGGUGGGGCAUUGUGAUGUCACAUGGUGGGGGGCAGCAAAUUUUUGUUUGCCUAGGGUGGCAAAAAUCCUUGCACCGGCCCUGGAGAGAAUUCUUUACCAUUCAACUGGGCCCUUUUUCCUAAUUGGAGGAGGUGAGUGCAGGGACAUUUCCCAUGAUGCUCCCAUGUGUUUCAUUAACACUGGCUGCGCAUUAUAAUAGAAUACUGUUAUUCAACAGCUGGGGUGUCGCAGUUAUGUAUCAGUUCUUUAGACAUUUUGAAUAUUUAAAGUGACUCUGCUGUGAAUAAAACAACUUACCUGGAGUCCCAUAUACAUUGAAUACACCAUAUAUCACAAACAUACCGGGUGUAUUCAAUGUAAAAUAGAGAUUUAAUCCCCUUUUUCACUGUUCCAGCGCCAUCUUCAAGCUUCAUGGGCAUUACUCUUCGAGUAACACUCACCCUCUGGCUGCCCUCCGCUCUUUCUGUAGUCUUCUUUGAUUUGCCCUGCUUGGGACCCAUUCCCAAGCAGAACAAAUCUUAUACUACCUAGCUGGCACUUUCCAUAGCAACUACAGCGCAUGCUCUGUGGUUGCUAUGGGUGGGAAGUCUUUUCUGCUUUCCCAUGUCAAUCAAUGCCUUUGCAUGCAGAAACAUUGACAACAGAUGGGAGGGAAACUCAUUUUAAAUUUUUUUUUUUUUUUUUUUAAUCUGUACAUUUGCUAGUAAAAUUGGUAGCAUAAAGUACAGAUAGAAUCUUAUGUUCAGUCUAAUGAACAUGCGUUGUUUGGGGCAUGGCAGGGCCCCUUUUAAAGAUAUGACUGCUGCCUUUGCCUUCUGUUUUGUUCUUGCUCCGUACCUGUCUCAUGUUUAUAAUUUUUAUAGUUGAAAAUGAUUGUGUUCUAAAUUGCUAGCUUUUGUUAUUGCCAUAGUAACUGGCAUUGGAUUGCAUUUUACAAAUAUUCAACAUUUACCAGUGAAAAACGUGACACGUUUAGUGCUAGAUUUCAUAUGUAAGAUACAUUAAAAAAACAAACAGCUAAUUUUCGGUCAUUUUGCAGUCUUGUAGGUUUUUCCAGACGCCUGAAGGAUUUAUUGGUGCACAUGACCCUUCAUCUAAACGAAAUUGACUAAGAAAUUCCAGCCUUUUCCUGGUCUCCUCUGUAAGAUAACGUAGCCCCUGCUUUUUCUUGCAAUAUCUUUUGUAGACGCUCUACUUCUUUCAAGUCAGGGUGGCAAGAAAGUUAUUUGCGAAUGAAGCUGUGUUGAGCAUAGUGUCUCUGUGUUUUAGAACACCUUGCUGGGUGACUAAAGCUGCAAUUCCUCCUGAGUAAAUAUUACAGACUUGCGACAAUGGGAGACACAUUAUAGAGGCACUGCAUGCCAGUGUAGUGGUUAUGGUGCAAUUAGUCCACAAGUGCUAUUCCCCAGCUCACAGUCAAUCCAUUUUUAAAAGAUUUAAGAAAAAAUAGGACAUCCACAAAGUACCUAGGGCACUGCUAUUGCUAAUGCUAGACUUCUGAGUUAGCAAUAGCCAAGCUUGGUGCCUUUGGUUUAGGUCAAUCUGCUGGAAACCAAUUGACGAAGAACUAGGAAAUGGCACCUGUGGCCUAAUGGAACCCGGUGACCUACAAAUAGCGUUUAUAUUGCAAACACAAAGCACCACUCGUAUGAAAGGGAAUUAUUCUCUGUCAAAUGAGCAAUCUUAUACUACGUCUCGUAGUAAGUAAUUUCCACAGGAAAUCACAGUGGUACAUAAAUAAGUUGGUUUCAGGACAGGUACAGCAUGCAUAUAUUGGUGAGCGGCAAAUAACAUAACAUAGGUUAAAAUGUGGAUUUAGCAUACUUGUUUGGCAUACAAUACUAUCCUCUUGGAGGGUUAUUUGAUAAGUAGUGUUCCACCAUCAUGCCUUGCCACCUACGUUUGCAUCUUCUCUAGCUGUGCUGUCCUUUUUUUAUGAUACUCUAACAUAAGCGUGACAGUUCGUUUUUUUAUCUUGAACAUAGGGAAAAAAGGGGGGUGGGGGGUUGAGUUCAUGCAACAUAGUAUUUGACAGCGUUUCAGUUAACAUACAUCAUUUAGUUUGACUACCUUGGUCUUCUUGACCUCUCAACAGCUCUGCUCUGUUGACGUUUAUCGCAACUUAUACAGAUAUCCAGCAUCCCCAGUCCUUUGAAAAUUCUAGUUUUUGUUUAACGACUGCCACAGAGGGAGUUGUUUUACUUUUCCAAUGCAGCGGUACAUUGACUUUGGAUAGUGUCAGUAUGUUUAUGAUCACUUUUUUGUGGGGGUGUCCCACCAAUACGGGCAGCAUGUGUAGGAGGUAGUGUUCUGGCCUACGUGCUAGUCUCACUUGUGUUUUGGUUAGGAUUAUUGAUUCUACUUGUUCCCAAUAGUUUUGUAAGUCUGGUCAUUCCCAGAACAUGUGUAGCAUUGUUUCUACCCCUCUGUUGCACCUCCAGCAGAUCUCGGAAGUCCCUGGGUACAUGCGGGCUAGUCUGUGCGGUACUAAAUACCAUCUCAUAGCUAUCUUACAGUAUGCCUCCCACAGCGAAAGGCUUCUGGAGGCUUUUUUUUUUUUUUUGUCAUUGCCAUGGCUUCGUGCCAUUGUUCUAUGGGGAACUUCAUACUCCAUUCCUUCUACCACUGAGACAUGUCUGAUAGUUUUGCAUGAGCCGGACUCCCCAGGAUAGCAUUGUAGCAGAGUGAGAGGGGCUUCGACUGGUUCGGAGAGAGCAUUAGCGGGAGGGGCAUCACAUUGUUGCAAAUUAGUGUUCGUCGGUUAGUCAAUAUGUUAUUUACUCUGAAAUGUAAGAAUAGGUCUCUUGGUGUCAGGGAAUAUUGUAAUUGGAGAGCCGGGAAGGUUCUCAUAUCAUCCCCCUCUAACAGGUCCCACACCUUGAGUGCCCCCUUCUCUGUCCAAGUUUUGAUCGCCAAGUCCGGUGAGCGAGUUGCUAGGGAUUCUACCGGGGCCGCCUUAAGUAGUUCCUUAGUGGAUAAUAUACUUGGGCUCCAGGUUACCCAGGAGGAGAGCAAAAAGUCAGUGCAAUGUAGCUGCCUUCUUGUUCUUCGUGCUAACCCAUAGGGAGUGAGUUAUAUCGUAUGGACGUAAGCAUGCGUUUUCUCAUGACAACCAGACAGGGCUUUGUUGUGCCUGUGGAGCUUUGAGGAGUCUUAUACCCUGCGCUAGUAUUGAUGCUCUGUAAUAUGCUUUUAUGUCAGGUAGUCCUAGACCAGCUUUCGUGUAUGGGAGCCCCAGUUUAUGACAUGCAAUUCUGGGAGGCUUUUUCUUCCAGACGUGUGCAUUAAUUGUGGAUUGGAAUCUAUUCACUAAUUUGGUAAUGGUAGGGUAGUGUACGAAAGAGAUAUAGAAUCAAUUUUUUUUUUUUUUUGCUCCAAUCAAAGUUGAAUUUGAUCUCUAGGUGUGUGAUUGUAGCUCGUGGUAGGUUAAUGGGUAAUGCUUGGGUCUUGGCAGAGUUGGUUUUUAUAGUAGGACACCAUCCCGUAUUGUCCCAGUAGGCCUACCAAAUGUGGGAUAGAGGAUUUUGUCGUCUGCAAAGAGGGCUAUUUUUUUUUUUUUUUUUUUUGGUCCCUCAGAUGUGUCUAGGACUGUUAUCUCUGGGUUUUGUUUCAUGAGGCGCAGGAGGGGCUCUAAACAUAGUAUGAAAAUGAGUGGUGACAGUGGGCAGCCCUGUCUCAUCCCGUUUUGGAUGGUGAAGGGUUUGGAUAGAAAGCCUGUGCUAAAUACUUUGGCUGACGGGUCCCGAUAGAGAGCUUUAAUGCUAAUUCGGAACGAGGAUGGGAAUCCCAUCCUGGAUAGGGUUUGUUCUAUGUAUCCCCAGUGUAAUCGAUCAAAUUCUUUUUCCGCGUCAAGCGCCAUUAUAAGACACUCUCCUGUGAGGAGCGGUUUGCCCAAUCUAUGAGGUUAACAAAAUCCCUUGUGUUAUCCCCCACCUGUCUCCCGGGUACAAGUAAUAGCGACUUAAUACGUCCUGCAAUUAAUUUAGCAAAUAGCUUUAGGUCCGCAUUUAGAAGGGAAAUAGGCCAAAGGUUUGCGCAGACAGUUGGGGAUUUAUUGGGUUUAGGGAGCGUCACUAUGAAUGCGUCCAGCAUUUCCCUGGGGAGAUACCCUGAUUGUUUGAGUUGAAUAGUUGUGUGAGAUGUGGGGUGAGUUCGUCGGCAACUAGUAGUAGUAGUUGGAUAGGCCAUCUGGGCCAGGGGCUUUGUGUGUAGGUAAGGAUUGUAUUGCCUUCUUAACCUCGUCUUCUGUAAAUGGUCUCUGAAGAUGCAUGCCCUGGUCGUCUGUCAAGCAAGGUUUUUCCGAGUCUAGGAACUGUUAUUUCCUCAUUGGUGGAUUGUUGGGUCUCUGUGUAGUUGAUAUAGUGUUUCGUAGUAAUCAGCUAGUGUGUUCACUAUGUCCUGGCGGUUGUACAGUUUGUCCCCGUCUUUAGAUGAUAUGUACGGGAUUUUUGUUUUGAAGAUGUCGUUGUUUAAGUUUUUUUAGCUAAUAAUUUACCUGCUUUGUUCCCCGCUAUGUAAUAGUUUUGUAUGAGAUAUCUCAUAUGUUUCUCAGUGUCCUGUAGUUGAAUUGAGUGCAGUUCUGCCUUAAGUCUCCCCAGUUUGUCGUGGCGUGCUGUAGUUUGGUUUUGUUUGUGUAGAUUCUCCAUGACGGAGAUUUCUUGUUCAAGGUUAUUUUGAACGUGUUUGUGAGCUUUCUUUACUGAGGAACCUAAUUGUAUGAAGUUCCCUCUCAUUACUGCUUUAUGCGCAGUCCAUUGGGUAGUGAUUGGAGUUGUGCACUGAGCGUGGUCUGUGAAGUAUUGUGUGAGUCGCUCUGCUAUUGUUGCUAGGGUUUUUGGGUUAUCUAGUGUGGCUUCGUUGAGGCGCCAGGCGCUUCUACCUCUGGCUGGGUGGGGCGUCUUCAUAUUGAUUAUUACCGGAGCAUGCUCCGACCAAGUGAUGGGGCCUAUAUGUGCUUGUUUUACAUGUGGAAGCAUUCUGCUAUCUGUGAGGCAUAGGUCUAUUCUAGAGUAAGUCCGGUGGACUUGAAUAAUAUGUAUAAUCUCUAGUACUGGGGUGAGUGCUGCGCCAGACAUCGUAAUAGUCAUAUGUAUGGAUUAGGUUGGCCAAAUGGGCUCCCAGAGAGCGGGACACCUUUUUCGGUGUUCUAUGUUGGGAUCUGCUGAUGUCUAGGUGUGGUUCGUGUGUGCAGUUAAAAUCCCCGCAGAUUAUGGUGUGGCCCAUUUUCAUCUGGUCUAUUUUCCUGAAAGCCUUGUUUAUGAAUGAUUUUUUUUUUUGUGUGCCUUUCGGUGCGUAUAGCGAAAUUGCUGUCAUUUGGAUACCGUUCAAAGUUCCUAAUACUAUCAAUAGUCUCCCAUCCUUACUUGCGUGCUCCUUGGACAUUGUAAAAACCCAGUCAUUAUGAAAGUAUAUUGAGACCCCCCUCGUUUUGGUGUGGGUUUGUGCGCGAUAGGCUUGGGAGUAUCUUUUAAAGUGAAAUUUGGGGGUAUUACUGUCACAAAAGUGAGUUUCCAGUAGACAGACAGUGGUUAAUUUCGCUUUGGUGACUUCGCUUAUCAGUAACCUGCGUUUGUGGGGAUUAUUGAGGCCGUUACCCUUACAGUUUUCUCUAUGAAUGUUAUCAUCCAUUGUCAUGGGUAUAGUUCUUAAUAGGUUUGUUCGCUGACCUUCCUAGGAUACUGAUGAGAGCCGUGAACUCAGGGGAAAAUGAAAAUACAUAAAACAAUCCAAACAUUUUCAACAUGAAGCAUAAACUCAUGUAUAUACAGAGUGCCCUGGACGUAACUGGCGCUCUACGUGGACGGGAUGCAAGCCCUGGCAUAUUACUGGCUUGCGCUCACCUCCUUGCGGGUUGCCGAUCAGUGCUACCCGAUCGACCCGAAUAUUAUGGUGUAUGACCAGUUUCAGUUCCACCUCAGUUAUAGGUGAGGUUAUCGAUUUUCGUCUUUUUUUUUUUUUUUUUCACACUACUGGGUUCGACUAAUCUUUUCUUUGUCACAACUAUUAGCAUUUUGCCUCCUGACGGGAAGAGGUAUCCCAUAAGCUUCCCUCGUGUUAUGCUUUGAGCCCGUAUUCACUUUGUGCAUGUUGCUAAGCUGGGACAAUACCCUUUACCCCUGUUAGGUUACUUGAUUAACUCGGACCUUACUAUCUUAGUUCGAUACCAUCUAAUUGCUAACAUUUAGCUUGGGAACCUGAUUGUAACUCAUUACGUUUCAUAACCUUUUCAUAAACCUAUAUUGCUUCAUACCAUAACGUGGUUUGAACAGUAAAGGAUAUGGUGUUUGCAUUUACGACCACUUCACUGGUUUCUCUUCAGAGACCCAAGUGAACCAGUCCCGUUUAGAUGCACGGGAUCAGCCCGCCAUCUGCCAUUCUUCGUGCAGGCGCUUCAGUGGAGUGGCUGUUCGGUCCCUUGAAUCUUGGUACGGGAACAGUCCCCAUUCUUUAAGUGGGCGCAUUCCCACUUCUGGUUCAUUAGCCAUGUGAUUAUUUAUUUAUUUUUCAUUCCGCCAGAUGAGCUUUGUGGGGUAUACCCACCUGUACUGUAUUUGGCUGUUUCUCAGUGUCUUCGUUACUGUAAUGAACACUCUGUGUCUUGCCAUCGUUAGGGCUGAGAGGUCCGCAAAGAGCUGGACGUUCGCAUAGGGCUCAGGCAACGUGGUGAUUUUCCUUGCCGCAAUUAGCAGUGCCUCCGUGGUUUUGUAAUAAUGGAAUCUUGCCACUGCAUCUCUUGGGAUGUCGCGUGACAACCUCUGUGGUUUCGGCAAGCGGUGGGCCCUAUCCAUGAGCCAUUCUCCGUCCUUUUGUCUGGCAGUAGAGUUUUACAUAAAUUUACCAAAUAGUCAUACAGGGCGUCUGUUGCUACCGUUUCUGGUAUUCCUCUAAAACGUACAUUAUUGGUCCUCCAUGUCCGACACUUUGCUCUUCAGUUGUUGAUGUUCUUCCGUGAGAUUUUGUACAGUAUCCACUAGCUCAUUGUGUUCAGUGCACAGUUCCUUCGUACGGGCCUCCAGGCUAUUUGUACUUUCUCCGAGAUCAGAUAUGUCUCGUUUUAUUUCAUUGGUCACUUGUUUGAGGCCUGCCUGUAGGGAGACUCUGAACUCCUGGAGCAUUAAAUACAGCCUUUUCUCCGUCACCGGAGCGUCUGUGUACCGAGUGGCCUCUUGUUUGGAGUCUGAAACAGCAUCCAAGGCUUGUGAGAGUUGCAGGCCGUCGCCGCCAUCUUGGAUGGGCCGCGUGCGAUCUCCGCGGUCACGUUUAGGUAAACUGAGUUGAUCCAUGAGUUUGGUUUGUUUAACAGGUGCCAUAGUGUGGUCUGCUAUGUAGGGGGUAUUUUGUGGGUAUUUUGGGUGGGAUUUGCUGCGAUUUACCAGGCUAACGGGUCAAUUAGGCCGGGAGCACUCACUCCAUGCAUCAUCUCUCCUUGGCAGUUGGACACGCCCCCUCCGAAUCGCAAUACUUUUAAUGGUUCACGCAGUUUCCAUUCUGUAAUCCUGAUCUAUGAUUUCUAGAUUUAAACAUUAUAAAUACAAUAAUAAAGCUUGAACAUCAAAAAUAAUUAAAAUAAUACUUUGAAAUAUAUUUCAAAUUCAAAAUAAACACAACGGCAAUAAAUAACAUGAAUACCAUUUUAGGACACUUGCAAAUAUAUUUAUUCCAUGAGAGAGUGUCUGUUGAUAGUGACUAGAAGAAGGUCUCUGGAGUUAACGCACUGUAUUCUUAAAACCUGGAAAUAUCUUGCAUACAUGAUCAUAGCUUUAUUAGAAAAAAAAAAAAUAUAUAUUUUUUUAAUUAAAUUUGUAUAUUGUGAAAACAGUGCUGAGCCAAACACUUGGAGCUAUACCUCCAAAUUCUAACUAGAGCUGUCACAGAAAUUGAUUGUAUUAAUAACAUUAUGUGCCAUGAUACAUUAACCUGACCACAUACAUCUGUGACAAACGCUCCAUCCCACGGACUCCUGAAGGAGCGUAGAAGCCGGCCUCCUGUCCACCAACUAUGGUCCAGGUCUGGGAUACCAUUUGGAAGUUACUCUGACCAACCGCCAUUAACCGCUUUCCCUGGGUACCCAUGGUUCGGCACUUUCCCUUCAUUCGAAUAGAACCGAACGCUAGCUCCCUGGCAGCCAUUGCAAGAACCAAACUUGUGAAUCGUUCUCAGCAGUACUUAGCCGCGACUGCUAAAUAACUAAUUUCGGAAUGAGGACUUUGUGGGUUCCCGGUCACCUCAACGGGACUUGGCCACAAAUGUUAUGGAACUGUUUUCUGCAUGAGGUGACCGUGCGGUUCCUGGACAACUUGGUUCGCGGUUUUGAACCACUUCGCCAGAAGAGUGAAGGUGCCUGAGACUAAGGGGGGAACAAAGGCUACCUAAGAAUCAGGCAGAGCACCCCCUAUUGCAGCCGCAGGAGCUCCUGAAAGUUGACCGGCAAAAGCACAAAUGCCCUGGAACUAUUUUGGGCAUAGGACCACGUGUGCCGCCGGUCAGAACUUUAACACGGUGUUUCCCCUACACUGCAUGGAUCUAAGCGCUAUUGGAGAACAUGGGUGCUCAGAUCCAGGCUAUUUAGGGAUGUAUUAUUUGUGGGGUUAUUUUAUGUUUAUGUUCUAGGGUACUUUUGUGUUUGGCUCUCUGUUCCUGAAAGAUCAUGAGCUUACCCGUCUUUAACACAACUAUCUCCCCGGCCCAGAGAUUCCUGGGAAGGCCUGGUGAAGACAAUGGAGACCCCCUGCUGGGAUCUGUGCAUAAAAGGCAGUGUUUGUCUCAUUAAAAUCAGUUGUACUCCCAGAACUAUGUGUCGUCUACUUACUGGGAGGGGGAAGGGCUAAUCACUGCUCAGCACCUGGCUGCAGCUCGUGGAGGAAAGUCCUUGUAAGGCCCAGAGCUUCCAGGACUGUGUCGUCCAGUCCUUGGCAGGGAGUAGAGCUAGUCCCCUAUCCUGUCCCAGGACAGAGAGGCUCCAGGAAGACCCCAAUCAAGCCGUGGCGACUGGGGCAGAAGCACUGAGGUUUUCUCCUGUUCCAGCUAGGAAGCGGUCCUUGGCGGAGGUACCCAGCCGUGGUACAGGGUUCUCCGCCAAAACAUCCUUACAUAUAACUGAGCAACCUGUUGAACUAAUGAGAAAUAAAUAUAAAUCUGUGUACUUCAUAAAAUGAACACUUGAGGUCACUAUCUGACUGCUUUACUGUGCAGCAACUAAAUUUUACUAGAAAGCUGAUAUUUUAGCCUAAAUGGGCCAAGGCACAGUAUUGUGGGCAGUCUUGUAGUUGGUACUAUCUUUAUGAAACAUUGCUCCAAUGCAGUUUUAAAUGAGUCUGAUAGUCUCUGCAUGCUGGUAUAUGGGGGGAUAAUAUCCAGGAGUAUGGGAACUCCAUAAAACCUCUUCCGACUCCCCCUGUAGCAGUUGCUCUCAUGGAUAGAUUGAGUAGCGUCCGCCUGCUUAAAGAAUGGGGACUGUUCCCGCACCAAGAUUCAAGGGACUGAACAGCCACUCCACGAAGCGCCUGCACGAAGAAUGGCAGAUGGCGGGCUGAUCCCGCGCAUCUAAACGGGACUGGUUCACUUGGGUCUCUGAAGAGAAACCAGUGAAGUGGUCGUAAAUGCAAACACCAUAUCCUUUACUGUUCAAACCACGUUAUGGUAUGAAGCGAUAUAUGUUUAUGAAAAUGUUAUGAAACGUAAUGAGUUACAAUCAGGUUCCCAAUAGCAGCUACUAUUUCUUUUUUUAAAAGUAGUGUUUGUGUAAACAUAUAUUUUUUUUUUUUUUUUAAACUGCUUUCAAAGUAUUAUUCUAGGCACCAUAACAACUUUGCAUGAUUGCAAAUUGUAUGGUGCCUAGUGCUCCCAGCAUCCUCUCUAUUUUGAGAAUGGACUACUGUACUGCAGCAAUCUGUACAUAUCACUACUGUUGUAAGUCUUCCCAUCACAGCCAUCAACACAGCAGCUGUACUAAGAGAGUUUAAGAGUAAUGGGAGUUGAAGAAAUUACCUAUAAUUCUUGUCCUUUCUGAUAUGCUAGGAGAGAGGCUGAUGAGACUCUCUCCCCAACUCCUCUGCCAACAUAUUACUAAAAUGAGAGGGUGGGAUGAAGGACAGAACCAUGAUUGUCUCAUCAAGCUUGGGCACACUGGGAUAAGUGCUGUCCUAAGAUUAAAGGUACCCCAACUCUAGCACUAAGCCAAAUGUAAUAUGGAAGGCUCAUACACUGACCAGCCACAACAUUAAAACCACAUUGUCUAGGCUCCCCCACAUGCUGCCAAAACAGUUCUGAUGCAUUGAGGCCAGGACUCCACAAGACCUCUGAACGUGUCCUGUAGUAUCUGGCACCAAUAUAGCAACAGAUCCUUUAAGUCCAGAAAGUUGCGAGGUGGGGCCCCCAUGGAUUGGGUUGUUACAGCUCAUCCCACAGAUGCUGAAGCAGAUUGUGAUUUAGGGGAUUUUGAGGACAAGGCAACACCUUGAACUCUUUGUUAUGUUCCUCAAACCAUUCCUUAACAAUUUUUGCAAUGUGACACGGUAAAUUAUUCUGCACUGCCAGCAAGCAACACCGCUGCCAUGAAGGGGUAAGUACAUGCUCUGCAACAAUCUCUAGGUAGGUGGUACAUCUCAAUACCAGAACCACAGAUUUACAACAUUGCCCAGGGCAUAACACAGAGUCUGUUGCCUGCCUUCUUCCCAUAGUGCAUCCCGAUGGCAUUUCUUCCCCAGUUAAAUGCACACAUCCGGCCAUACACCUGACUAAAAGAAAAUCUGAUUCAUCAGACCAGGCAACCUUCUUUCAGUGUUGGACAGAGGUGAUCAUGGGCAUUCUGACUGGCCUGUGGCUGUGAAAACCAAUGGUUGUCGGUAAUGUGUGCAAUUAUUUAAUAGAAUUAAACCAGAAUCCACAAGUUCACUUAUAGAGAGUACUGUGCAUAUGUAUCCUCUCCUUAGAUUUUUCUAUAUAGCAAUAUAACAAUAAUAUCACCCCUCAAGAAUGGAUUAGGUGAAGGACUGGUAUGGACUCUCCAGAACCUUAAAUGAUAACUCUUCCAUGCCUUCAUACUCAGUGAAAAUAUUUGCCAACUCGACUAUUUGUCCACUUUACAUUUUAUGACCAGUUCUUGACCCCAAUUAAGUCAGCCAAACAAGUGGCAAAGGAAAAGAUUUAAGUGUUGAGGAUUCCAUCCACAGUAGGGGGGAGAUAUGUCCAAACUUGAUGAUCUUUCCUGUGUGGAUAGAAUUGCUCCUUAUUCGUGGUCAGGAUUCAUGUCACAGAUCCUGCUGUUCAAACUUCUGUUUAUUUCUCCACCACAAGUUGCCCUUUAAUCUGCUCGGGAGCUUUUUGUUUUUCCCUAUUAAACUGUUCCAUAGACACUAGUGGAAAAUGAGCAACGCUGUAACCCAGAGUCCAAUUAAUGUUCAUAGGUGUAUGGAAACAGGAUAAUGUCUACUUCCAUUACUUAAUAAUUCCGACCUCCUUCUACCCAAUAUCUCUGAUCGUGACCCAGUGUAAUGAUGGAAAGAACUGGUGGCUGGUAUGAAAUAUAGAAAAUAAAAGUUGCAUUUCAGACAAUCCUAUUCAGUCUUUAGUUUGCAUGAAUUUCAUGGAUGUAUAAUCUGACCCAAAGUGGCUUCUCAGCCAGAUUUAAAAAGUGACCUUUUCUCAAAAGCAUCAAUAUGCAUUAUUUAGAAGAUGAGGUGUUAACUCUGGUUUCUGGACAGCGUGAGGGGAUUUAGCAGGAAGUGUUAGGAGUAAUCCUACUGCCAAACAUUCAGUAUUGCGCAAGGAAUGCCCCUUAAGAUUGGAUACAUAAUUGCAAUGAGACUAAAAGGAAAUUGUAUACUAUGUUCAAAUUUCAAAUCAACCACAAACAAAACUACACUUGUUUAUCUGUGUGUAAGCCAACGUGUGGUUUACUUAGGAAAAUGUCUUCUGAGAGGCGACGUUGUUAGCCUUUUUAGGUUUUUUGUGUUUCCGGUGAAGAGAACAGCUGCUUGCCCAGGACUGGCUAACUCCACAUCCUGUCUGACCAUCCAGACACUGCAUUGCUAAUUAAAGCACUUGUUGUUUGAAUAGAUUGCUGCCGGUGCCUUGGGGAAGCAUUCGAUGACAUGCCUCCCCCGGUGUAAUUUGCUGCUCUUUGUAUGUGGCUGCGAAUAUUAUACUUUUUAUAAAUGGUUUAAUACACACAAUUCCAUUACAAAGUAAUAUCAAGAUAACCGGUCAUCUGUUCACAGCAGCUGUCCUCUAAUCAAAUAUAAAGCAUUUAAGGAGUAAAGUCUAGCAUGGACUUGUCAUCUGCUAAUGUGUGGUAGUUGAUGGCAUUCGGUAAAUUGUAUAAUUUUAUCUUUAUAGUGCAAUUUGGAUCAGGGUAGUUUGUGUGUGCAUCUCUGUACUCCCACAACGCAAAGUGUGGCAUCUCAAAGUGUCCUGGGCUACCAAUGUGCCACCUACUGUAUAGCUGAUCCAUUUCUUUUAGUUGUCUCACAGUUUCCUCCUGGAAGCAGGAACAUGUUUGGUGUUAUGUUUAUAGGACCACUAUAGUGCCAGGAAAAAAACUACUUUUCCUGGCACUAUAGGGUCAUUAGGCCCCCCCUCCCGCUGGGCUGUAGGGGUUAAAACCGUUUCAGCCACUUACCUUUCGCCAGCGCCAGGCUCCCUCAGUGCUGGAGAACUCUGCUCCAUUUGCCGAUGUCGGCUCCGAAUGCGCGCAAGAGCCGCGUGCGCAUUCAAAUCGCCCAUAGGAAAACAGCCAAUGCUUUCCUAUGGAUGUCCACCGUCUUCUCACUGUGAUUUUCAGUGAGAAUCGUGGAAACGGCCCCUAGAAGCUGGAUUAACCCUCUGAAACGGUUUUCAGCUGCAGGGUUAAAACAAGAUGGACCUGGAACCCAGACCACUUGAUUGAGCUGGAGUGGUCUGAGUGACUUUAAGAGGGGUUUUUUUUUUUUUUUUUUUUUUUUAAAUCGCCAGGCAUCAGACAUUUUGAUAGAAUCCGAGCAACUUAAUGUGAUAAUGUGGGUUGUGCUAAUUUGCCUAUUUUGGGGCCUGUUUGGUUGUUGUAAUGUGGCUGCUCUGCUCAGGGCCAGAUUAAGAACUCAGUGGGCCUGGUGCUGACAAUUAUGAUGGGCCUAAUUAACGAAUCUUAUCGACCAAAAACAUUUAAAACAGUUCUACCUCUCAAGCGUCAUGUAUCUGAUGGAGAUGGUGUUGGAGGGAAACUCAAAGGUUGCAGCUAUAAGAAAACACAUACUCUAUGCUAAUCUCUCUAAAAUUUAUGCUUUCAUCUUUCAAGUGAAUCCAUACGCCCUAACAGCAGUGUCCAGUGAAGCAGGAAAUCAAUGGGCGGGGUAAAAGGGUGGGCCACUGACGCGAAUCACGUGACCAGAACUGCCAAAAGGGGAAAACAUGCCCAAAAAGGGGCAUGUCUGUCCAAAGAAUUGGAAGGCCAGCCUGGCAUCAGUGUCCCAUUGUAUCUGUGUCAGUGUCCCCAUGUUGCCCAGUCCCCUAGUCUCCCAGUGUCUGUGUCCCCAUGUCUCAGUGUGUCUCGUGUCACUAGGAUACUAGAGGACAUGGGGACACAGACAUUUGGGGACACUGGGAGAAAUGGGGGACACUAAGACACUAGGGACACUGAGAGACAUGGGAACACAGACACUGGAAGACUAGGGGACACAUGGGAUACUGAGACACUAGGGACACUGACUGGGAGACAUGGGGACACUGUGUCCCUAGUGUCUCAGACACAGUUUGGGGACACUGAGAGACAUGGGGACACUAGGGACAUAUGGACACUGGGAGCCAUGGGGACACGGACACUGGCUGGGAAACAUGGGGACACUGGGAGAAAAGGAGACUGUCCCAAUGUGUAUCCUAAUGUCCCUGUGUCUCACAGCAUCCCCACAUGUCUCAGCAUCCUCAUGUGUCUGUGUCCCCUAUUGUCUGGAUGUUUCCCAGUGUCUCAUUGUCCCCAUGUGUCCCUUUUUUGUCUAUGUUACCAUGUCUCCCUGCUACCUUUCCCCUCAUCCCUCACUUCCCGCUGUAGUCUGUUUCUGCAGGCUGGGAGCUGCUGUGUGAACUCUCUGUGCUGUGUAGCUGAACCCCUGCGGAUUAGUGAGUAGAGAGAGGCAGGGAGGGAUAUGCUGUAACUUUCUAUCUCUGCCCCUCUCCAUACACAGUGACCCCUACUGGCUUGUGCUGGUAUUACAGGGUAAUAUCCAUUUAUACUGAGAAAAAUAUCUGCAUUUGUAUUGCCGGUAUUACUGCUAUAUCGGCACGGCCAGGCAGCCUCAAAUACCGUCUGUGCCGGUAAAAUACCAGUCAGGUGGCAAACCUAAGAGGUAGGUGUGUGUGUGUGUGUGUGUGUGUGUGUGUGUAAAAAAUAAUUAAAUUUUAAAAUGGGCCUGGAGCUGCAGCUCCAUCAGCCCCAAUGUUAAUCUGGCCCUGGCUAUGCUCCUCACAAAUAGAUUGCACUUUCACUCCGCACAGGUAAGCACGGACUGUUUGGAGGAGGAAAAAAUGACACAUCUUUCCUGAGUGAGUCUCUGGCACCAGCAACACACACACACACUCUGAUUCUAACUUUUUGAAGUUCACUGAUGUGUUAGCGGAAGUGUGUAAACUGUAAAGUGGGGAUAUGACACUUUAUUGCCACCAUUCCAUUUCACACUGCGUGGCAAAACAGUGGUGUCUUCGGUAUAUUUGUAUAAGGUCUGAGCAGUUAUUACUAGACCCCUUGGAGGAGAAAAAUAAUAGGAAGAGAGACUAAAGUUGAGAAGAGCGGAAACAGUAGUGGUUUAAUAAAAGACGGGACGCUGAGGAUAAGGUGAAAGGAAGUUGAAAAUGGGGGAGAUAUUUGAUGAUUUCCAGUUUAAUAGUUGGGUAAAAAGUUAUAAAACACCGUAUAGAUAAAAGGAAUUGUAUUGUGAAUUAACACUUUUUUGCAAUUGCCCCCUGGGCUAAAGAUUGCCUGGGCUUCCCUUUUUAUUAAAUUGCCUUUCUGGCUGAAAAGCUAUGAUUUUUGCCCAGGCAAUUUUUUUAGAAAUGUGGAUUGGAAGUCGAAGUGUGCUGUGUGUGUGCUUUCAUAGCCUUUGCAAGGUAUUUUGAUUUUGUUGUGGGAGUGUUUUUCUAAGUUUGUUCAUCCCUAGGCUUACUGUCUGGAUUCAUGGGUUUAAAAGUCUCUAUUCCAUUUAAUGCAUAAUAAGGAUUGCACAUCCAUUUUUUAAUAAUGUAUUAAAAGGAGUAACAUUUGAAUAAUUUAUUCAAAAAUGGAAACUGAUCAUAUAUUUCACAUACUGAUGUUUUAUUGUCAUGCAAGUGAUCUUUACAUGACAAAAAAAGAGGACGCAACCCAUGUAUCUGCCAAAAGAAUAUAUUUGGUUUUAUCUGGGAAUAUGUAUGCCUCUAACUUAGUGGAAUUAUUUAAAAAUUCUUCUUGUAUAAAAAAAUGUAUUAUUUUUUCCAGAUAUAUUUUCUAUGAAUAGCUUUGUGCACAAUAGGGACUGCCCUCGCUUAUCCCUGGAGAAAUAGGUGAGCUGUGAACUGCGCAUAGUGCCGAGAACCUAUCUUCGGAUAAACCAAUAACAAGCGUGAUAUGCCUGCUAUCCAUUUAUUGCACAGUACCUAUCACACUGUGUGGGAAUAUCUCAAUCUCCUGUUGCAGUAAUAAUAUAUAUUGUGAAAUUCUACCUAAACUAAUCCUUUAGCAAGUACAGUACUUGCUUAGACAUGGUGUUUCCCAUGAGCAUACAAUCUGGAACUCUGCUUAUCUUAACCUAUUUUAGUCCUAGUUAACUCAUCUUUUUUUCAGUAUCUGUUGCAUGUGGAUAAAACUUACCGGUACUAAUUUGUAUUGAAUAAACAUGGCCACAAAUUAUGCAUCUCGUGAUUUCAGGCUUUUGUUACAGAUGCAAGGAUAAAUAUGGCAGUGAUGAGUCUUGGGAAGUAGAGCUCGACCGAUAUUGAUUUUUUUAUUUAUUUAUUUUUUUUGGUUUUUUUUUACCAAUAAUCUGUGAACUUUCAGGCCGAUAGCCGAUAAUUUACUGAUUUUCUGUACAUUACCAUUUUGAAAAAAUAAAGUGGGUGCAGUGUGUGUGUGUGUGUGUGUAUAAUGAAUGCAGUUUGUGUAGGUGUGUGUAAAAUGGGGGGCAUUUUUUAUUAUUUACAGUAAAUAUUCAAAUUUUUAACAUUUUGUUUUAUCCUGGCACCCCCCUCCCCCAUGGUUCUUACUUAACCAGGGAGGGGGGGAUAUGGCAACACUAUUACUUACAUUCCCAGCAGCUCCUCUGCCGAACUCAUUGCGGCCAGUGUGCUGCCCGGAGUGUUGCCAUGGUAACCCGUGGCAACGCUCUGUUGGCCGCAGGACUCAAGAGUUAGAAAGGGGAGAUGAAGGGAGCCGCUGGGAAGGUAAGUAAGAGUGUGCUGCGGGCCCCCAGGACCUUGAUGGUGACCCUGGUCUGCAUUAUCGGUAAUAUCGGUAUCUUUAUUUGCUGAUACCAAUAUUGUUGAUAAUAUCGGUCAGACCGAUAAUCGGUCGAUCCCUAUUAGGAUGCUAUUUAUUCAGAUUGUAUGCUGUGAUCUACAUUCAUUUUACCGUUAUCAUUGCUAAAGCAGUGUUUAUGGCCAUCUGUUGGCAAGUCAGACCGUACUGAGUCUUUGUUUUUAAUAUUUACCUCCCAGCGUUGCUCCUGAUUAUCUCCGACCAAGGUUGAGUUUCGAGAACAUAUUGUUUUUAACUUGAUUUUUCCACCAGAGGGAUUCAUGUGACUUUUUUCUUUUAUUUUUUUGGACUCUGCCCAGACACAUUUUUAUGUGAAUUGUUUUACGAUUUCUUUCCAUUGCAACAAACCAAUAAAGAAUAAUAAUAAAAAAAAAAAAAAACUAAUUUGGGAUGAAUGUCCGAUCAUUCAUAGGAAAAAAAGUUGAACAAGUAAGCUGAGUCAUAAACCCGUUCAUGGUUCUUCACACACUACAGAAUAUCUACUAGAAAUGUUCUUUUUCAUUUACGAUGAGUAAGCACAAUUGUUAAUUCUUCUUAAUUUGGAUCAGUAGUAGUGGUUGUACUUGAUAUCUGAAGUGCUUUAGAUUCUGUAAGACUAUCUAGAUCAGGUAAUACGACCGGUCACUAUUCAGCCAGAAGGUCCAUAUUGUGAGUCUCUCCCCACACAAACAUUCAUUAUUAUUAUUUUUUUAUUUUUUAUUUUUUUUUUAUAGAUUUAAUUAGAAAUCAGCACCUUUAUAAAUUACUGCUGAAACCCCUGAUUGACUUAUCCUUCCUCUUUCUUUAGCUACACUGAACUAAUGGAAGCAGCAGACAUUGAGAAAUGUGCAGAUUAAAAGGUCUGUGCAUGCCUAGACCAGAGAGGGUUUUCAGUGAGCAGCAUUGGAUGGGUCAGUCCGCCAACACGGGAUGAACAUCUGCCGGGAAGGAAGGAAAGGGCUUGCAGUACAGGGAUGUAGAAUUAUAUUGCUUUAUGGGGCACACACACAUCCUACACUACCAGCAAACACACAGCCUGGACACACCAAAAUCCUUUCACAUACAGCCAGCACACACCAUGAGCGCUUCACAUACAGCCAGCAAACACCACACAUACAGAUUGCACAGUAAGCACAACACACUCUUAAAACAAAAUCAGCACAAUGGUCUGGAUUAAUUAAGGGGCUGUUAGAGCUGACGCUCCAGGCCCAACCCAUGGAAUUUCUUUCUUUUUUUUUUAACUACUCUUCACACGUUCAUGCUUUUGUGCUGAGGGAAUUAAAGGGACACUAUAGUGACUGUAACAUCUACAACUUAAUGUAGUUGUUCUGGUGAGUUUUUAGUCAGUCCUUGCAGGUUUUUUGUUGUAAACACUGGCUUUUCAGAGAAAAGGCAUUGGAUACAUUGUACCCUAAGGACAUCUCCUGUGGCCAGAUAGUUGAAAAUUGAAGACUUUGGACACAGUCAAAAUAAGUUAAGUACCCCUGCAUGACCAGAACUGGUCAUUUUAUAUUAAGUAAAUUUCUUUAUCAAUAAAGUAUUUAAAAGGAUGCAGAAAAAUGAAAAUCUCCAUGAUCAUCUUCCAAUGCUGUCUGCUGAAACAGUAUCUGGCUGAGCAUUGUUGGCCAACUCCUGGUCUUCCUUUUAGGAAAGAGAUUUGUUGAGCUUGCAUUUAUUAUAGUAUAGAAGUAAACACUUGAUGGUUUUCUUAUUCAAGGGACACACUAGGCACCAUCACCACUUCAUCUCUUUGAAUUGGUUAUGGUGCCUUAAUUUGCAUAUUCUCCACUUUAGAUAAGUCAAUUAUCAGGGGAAAAUGUCAAUGCUAUAAUAUAGAGCAGGAAAAAGCAGUGGGAUUGGCAAAUAGUUGGACCGCACCAUUGAGAGAUGUACCAGCUGGCUUCGAUAAGAAAUAAACUUAAUAUAAGGGUAAAGAAAGAAAGAUAAAAUCAGCCAGCAACAAGAAAAGGGGAAUGGUGGGGUGGGAAAGGAAGGGAACUGGGGUAUCAGUGUGUCGAAUAUCACAGCCAACCUGUUUUAUAUAAACCUGUUGAUUGAUGUCCACAUGUGAAUUUGUAAAAUCUACUAGCUUUUGUUUUACGAAGUAUACUUCUAUAAUUUUAAUAUUUUCACACAAAUAUAUAUACUUUUUCCUCAAGUAAUGCCUUUAAUUCCCCCAUGUGAAUGAUUGACUAACUCAAUGAUAAAAGUCGUUGUCAUCUCUCCCUUAUAAUACUGCUGAAUCACCUAAUGAAGGUUUGCUCAGAUUUUUUGGGAAGAGGACAAUCGCAGCGUCACAAAGGCAGCUCAUACCUCACGUUAACACGGAUCCCACAUUGCAUUAAUGAAACCAGCCAAGCAGUACAGGCUGCCGCUGUGUCUGAGUCAGCAAGUGGGUUGUUUUCUGCGAUCCAAACUAAAAUGCUGAAACAAUGUACGCUUUUAUAACUGCAUGAGUACUUGGUUUAAAAAUAGGCACUGGGGCCUUUUAAAAUCUAACAGUAGGGAAAAUAUCUCACAAAGCCAAGUGGUUAUUUCAAAAGAGCACUUUACAUUCAGUGUUCUUUUUUGUAGCAUACACACUGAGAUAAAAAUGCAGAUGGAUAAAUAUCUUCCGUCCUACCAAUUUCUAAGUGAUCUAGACUUUUAACUCUCAAGUACCAGAGCGUUUAUAUUAAACACUGCGAAGUAUUGCAAUAAAUCCCACACUAACAGAGUUUAAAGGAACCCUAUAGUCACCAAAACAAUAUUGGCUUAAAGGGACACUCCAGGCACCCAGACCACUUCUGCCUUUUGGAGUGGUCUGGGUGCCAACUCCCAUCACCCUUAACCCUGCAAGUGGUGUUAUUGCAUUUUUUUUUAUAAACUUCAAUAAUUACCUUGCAGGGUUAAGUCCUCCUCUAGUGGCUGUCUACCAGCCAGCAGUUUUGGUGUAUAGAUCAUGCCCCUGCAGUCUCUAACAUUGAGAGAGUUUUUUUUUACCGUAAUAUAAAAAGCAUACGAAAACAGAAGCAGAAGAAUCACAUGAAUAAAGAAAUGAGCGCAGGACUUUAAAAAAAAAAAAAAAAGUUAAUCCAUGUGCUCAAACUCCCACUACUCUUGGGCGGCAGCAGUGGCUAGAGUACACAUCAGCCAAAAUACAUAGUACAAAAUUUUAAAAAAGUUACCUGCGCUCCCAAAGUCCCAUGCAUGUUUGAAUACCAGGACGUUUUUAAUCCAGUAGCCCUUGAAGUGUGAGCUCACCUGCCCCAUCAGGGCAAACCUUUUAGGUGAGUCCUACACUAACAAUUCAGCUUGCUGCUUUCCGCUAAAAGGCAAAAUCUUAUUGACAGAAUGGGGUAUUUGUAUGAAUACCUACAUACUUAUUAACCUUUAAUCGGACAAUUGUCUACUGGUCACUGGGUGCAUGGCAUAUACAUUACACAUAAUUAAUGUUGGCUUACUACGCUGGUAAAUGACAUUCUGUUUACUAUAACCGGUCAUUUGCCACCGGGGACACUUAUAUCUUGGAAGAAUAAUAUGGCUACAUAUGUUAUUUACCUUUACAGCAGACUGUGUGAUAUCAUCUCCGUUCUAACUGGAAAUACCAGCUGUGAGUCUCAUGUGUCAAUAAUGUGUCAUGAUAAUCCGUUUCUCGGCUUCGCUAUUAACUUCAACAACAAUGAGAUUAGUGCGGUUCAUGUUUUUCCAUCGGAUUCUUUUUGGUAUUCAGUGCCAGCAUUUACUUUCUUAAGGUAUAUUUGUAACCUGCUAAGCUGUAUUUAUACUGUGUCACUCAGCGCUCACCCACCAUUCUUCCAUCUAGCCGUAACAAUGUCUCAUUGUGUUUCUGAGAAGGCACAAUCAGGGCAUUUCAUGCAAAUCCUAUUCAAUCCUUUCUGAGUUAGAGAAAAAUAGAUUAAUUUUUUCUCCCUCAUUAUCAGUGACCAUCUAUUGGUCAGCAUGUGUGUAAACGUCUACACCUUUUUCUCGGUUUUGACAGAAAUGAAAGGAAAACCAUUUUUGCUCUUUCUUUGAAAUAGCAAGGUUUAACAUCAACGCAGACAAGACUCCGGAGUGUCUGCACCAAAACCACUUCAUUAACUUGAAGUGGUUUUGGUGCUUGGAGUGCCCCUUUAAAAUAAAGCGCUCUUCCGAAACCGCUAGAAUGCAAACAGUGUUUGGCAGUGACUUUAUAAAAUAACGAAUAUUAUGUGCACAUGGCUUUACAGGAAUGUUUGUGCAGAGCGUAUAAGGGUUUAUUUUAUUGCAAUGUUUCCAUUUAUUUCAUUUAGAAGAUAACAACAUUUAAAUUUUGAAGUAGUGCAAAUCUCCUACUCCAACUGGCACUAAGAGUUAAUAGUACCUUGAGUUGGUGGUGAGUUCACAAGAUCCUGUGGUGAUACCAUGUAACACUGAUAUAAAUCCGAGAAGUUCCAGGGAAAGGUGAGUUGGACAUUUGCUAAAGACCUAGUGUAAGAUACUAAAUAUAGGCAUUCUGUAUCCCAUUGCAGUAUGCAGUGAUAUCAUGAUAAAAAUGUCUUUGUGUUGCAUAGGAAAGGGCCAGCAUGAUUCAUGAUCUAUUUACAUAAAUCCGACAGGAUAAGCCAUGGCUGCACUGCUUGCUACUGUUUAUUCAAGUUCUAUGCGUUCCGGACAGAUUGAUUUGUUUAAAGGCUCAGUCCUGUAUUUAAAGUGAUCUCUUCAUCCAUACACCAUCACUUUCUAGUAUGUGUAGUCUUGAUUGAUACAUUGUGUUGGCAUAAUGACCAGCAAAUGUGUAGAUUUCAAGAAAUGCUGACCAUAAGAUUGACUUCCUCCUAGAACUUGCAGGCUUCCCCAAAUUCCGGCCCUCCAGGUGUUGCUUAACUACAGCUCCCAUCAUUCUCAGCCUAUCUUUUUCAUUCAUAGAAGACAGGUGAUUGUGUGUGUGUCCGUUCAAUAAAAAAAACUAAGAAACAACCCUUUUUAUUUACCUUUGGCACUUCACAUUUUCACAUAGGAAAGCAAUGAAUCGAUGCAGUCACUAUGACAGUUUUACUCCGUUGCUGCAGCAGGUAGUUACUCUAGUAGCUGUUGGUAUGACAGAUCCUGGAGGUGUCUUUAAAGGGUUACUCCAACCACCAAGACCACUUCAUUGAUUUGAAGUGGUCAUGGUGGUAGGAGUCAGCUUGAAACACUGAACUUACAGAGAUUAUUGUUCAUUAUGUGCUGGGGCUUGUUGCAUUCACAGAACACGUGAUGUUGGCUGCCUAGAACUCUGUACUGGGCUGCCUUUGUCAAUUAUGUGCAUAAAAUACAUCUGUCAUUGGUGCACGCUGCUGCACGCUGUUAAAAACAAAACAAAACAAACAAACAAAAAAAACUGCAAUUUUUUACGUUGCCGGGUAAACCUAAAGAACCACUGCACCCAGGACACUUCAUUGAGUUCAGCUUGACAAAGACAGUGUAGGUCAAAACGUUGUGUUAAAUUGGUCUUCAAUAAAUUUGCCAUUUCUGCCUAAGCUGUUUUGAACUGUAUGCUUACUUCAUUGAGAUGAACUGGCCUGCGUAAAUGUAGUGGUCAUUUUAAGACACAUUGCUGGAUCAGUUGCUAUAUUUGUUGUAUUUUGCUGAUAUGCAAAAACGAUAGCAAUACAGAAUGAAGUGGUGAAAAAAAAUUGUGUGUGUGUAUAUAAUGUGUGCAUUUUGCUUGGAAUAUUGUUAGUGUUCUACUGACAAGUUCCUGGGCACUAGUAAAGUUGCAAAGUAGGUCUACAGAAAUGGGCUGCAUGCAUUGUGUAUCGAUCUUGCUUAUGCGGAGUUUGCCAUUUACAUUCAUGUACCGUAAUCCUCUUGGAGGAGGUAUAGUAUAGUAUAGUUGUAGUCUGUGUAUCUGCGUUUUUUGUUUUUUUUUGCUUUGCCUGCACAAUAAAUAGAUAAUGUAUUUGCAGAUGUCUACUUUAAUUGUAUAACAAACCUUUAUUAUAGACUUGUAUAGAUGGUACCCACCAUGUAAAAAUUACAAUAGUGACAAUUUGCAGUUAAUUAUAUUUUGUCUAUUUAUUGUGUUAGGCUGCAACAUUGUAUUUUUUUUCACCACCAAAAAAAAUUUAAAUGCAUCUGACACUCCUUUAGGCAUUAUGAGGCUACUUUAGUCAGCAUUGUUGUAAUGGACUGAUGUACCCUCAUCCACUGUGCCGGCCAUUUUGGUAUAGGACCAUGCAUAACAUGUUGAUCCUGGGAUAAGUUUGAAGUAUAAACUACAAAAAUUACUGCUGCAUCUAUUUUUCUCUCCCACAAUGCCGUGUGUGUGUCUGCACACUAGGCAUUAUGGAAUGCUACAUUUAGCAUUGUGGAAGCAGACAGAUGUGCUCCUCAGUGGCCAUAUUGAUUAAGGGCAAGGCACGUAAUACAUUUCUUACAGUAAAUGAAAAUUUGGGAACCACAUCUUUAUGUAAAUGACAGUUUCACUUUAUUAACGUCUGUAAAGCACAUUUUCCGAAUGUGACUCUGAAAUAAUUUGAUUGCGAUGCUUUUUAAAUUGAGGUCUUCUGAGCCUCUUCCUUGUAUCCAUAUUAUUGCAGUGUCCUGCGUUUAAUCACAUAAUUUGGUUAUAUAUUUCCAUAUGCUCAUUUUCCAUUUUAGUAUCUAAGCGAACACAUGAUGAUAGUCUCCAUUUUCAGUUUUUUAUAUUUGAGAUAUAUGUGUGUGUGUGUGUGUGUGUGUGUGUGUGUGUGUGUGUGUGUGUGUGUGUGUAUAUAUAUAUAUUACUGUUAUGGCGGCAAACUUUUUAUUUUGUAUUUGUUGAAACUGAAAACUUUCCUCUCUUGAAAGGAAUAUCUAUGUAUUUUGAAUACAGCCAGUGAUUGCUGACUAAUUUUGUUUCCGGUCUAAAUGCUUUCAAAGUGUACCUGUCUGAGUAGACACAACGUGGAUUUAAAAGAAUAAAAAUACAUCUAUAUAUAGUGCUAGCAAAAAUGAAUGAUCGUGUAAAUUUCCAUAAAAUGCUGUUGCAAAAUCUGUUGUCCCUAACCACCUGUCAUUUAAUUGGCAAUAAAGAGUGCGGGAGAACAGGAGAACCCUCCUAUAGACGGUUCUCCUGCUCUGUCACAGUAAAACAUUUUAAAAAAUUUAAAAUUUUUGACAGCUUGCCAUUGGUCUAGCUUAUGUUGUCAGCUUUGUGGGUAUAACUGGAACGUAAUCCCGCAUUCCCUUCUCUUUGACAUGGUUGCCUCUGUAUGGGAACUUUAUGACAAAAAACAAACUAUAGGACAGUGACUAGCUUUUCUACUUUUUGCGUAAUAACCGCUGAACUGUAGAGGUUAUGGUGGAAAGAUACUGGGGACAGUUCUUUAACCAUGCAGUAUACUCUGAGUUCACGCACAAAGACUUGAAGCCUCUAUAACCAUAGCAGUCCCACAAUAUCAUUAAUUGAUCGUUGGAGAAAUGUAUGGUUUUUAGAUGCAAGUGAUGUUAUCACAUGGGAUAAGGUUUUCUAUCUGUCUGUUUUAUUUAUUUUUCUCCUAUUUCCCUCUUGGAUUGGGAUAAAAUAUAUUUUGCAUAUACAUAUAUUUUGAUGUAAAAGACCUCUCAAUUUGGAUUGAGUUUUCGCUAUAAAUUAUUACAAUAUGGAACAUCGUUUCAAUAUCUACUCUUUUUACAUUUAGUUGAAUAGCCCUUUUGUGGUUAGAAAACAUGUAUUAAACUGGCAGUGUGUGAGCAGGAUGCUAAAAUAGUUUCAAAGGGGCCACAUCCUUCCUCGGAACAUAAAUGCAGAUCCAGGUCAUGGUCACUUCCUCCUGAAGGGAUACAAGCUUAAUGGUAGGUUAACAUCACAUGCAAUGUGAUCAAAAUGAAAUGUAGUGAUUUUUAUUUUUAAUCAUAAUAAAAUUAGAGUUUUACAAAGUAAAUGGCUUUGUCAAGAACAUUGCAAAGUGCAAAAUGUGCUUUUUAAACUAGCAGUUAAUGCAUCUUUUUUAAAGUGAAAUAGGAUUAUAAUGUUAUUACCGAUGUACCUGUAUUAUAUCAAAUGUGGUUAGUAGACUGCUAAACUUGGAAAUAAUGGUAAUUAGAGUAAAACUGUUUUGGCUCAAAUUCAUACAAUUUGAGUGUGGCUGACCCUUUUCCGAUCAUGUCUGAAUCACCCCUACCUGACAUAAAACUCAAAAGAUUUACCGAAUGAAAGGUUGAUUCCCCCAGGCCCAGCCUUAAGACUAGCAAAGCAACAAGGGAGAUGUAAUUUUACAGUAGUUGGGGGUUCUACCUUUUGGUCACCUCUGCUCUAUAGUUAAUGUCAUUCAAGAAAAUGUGGGCAAAAAGGUCUCUCCUAGACACGUGUAUGGAGUGGUGUUACGCAGUCGUUCAGCAGGACCAUCCCGAGUCUGAAUUUGGCCUCCUGUCCUGCCACCCUGAGUAGGUUUUCUGGUGUUUAACUGUUCAUUGGGACAUCAAGGAAAUGUCCCCAAUAAUGGCAUUAAGUGCAUCACCAGGCACUCUUACUACAAUUUUUAAUGAAGUGUCCCAGAAGUAAUGAGCAACACACACGAUAAAACAUUUCCGGGUAUGUAUAAAACCAACAUAAUCUGGAUUAUUUUUGCACACAAUUUAAUAAAAUGUAAAUUAGAAAUAACAUUAUUAUAUAAAGAACUCCAUAUUUUUGUUUGCUUGCUAUAUGAUUGUACCGUAUGACACUUUCGUGUGAUGAAAUGUCACGUGACUAUCACAUGAUUAAUGUAAAUUGUAUUUCCUUUCUAUGGCAAUUAAUUGCCCUUUAUUGCACAAUCACAUGGCCAGUGUUUAGUUUAUUCUUACUAUGUACACAGAAGGACGUGGCUAGACAGUCAGCAUGAUUUUGUUACUUUUAGUAGAGCUGAGCAUAUCAUUUAGUAAAUUGGGCAUCACUGUCAUGUAUUUUUUUAUUUUAUUUUUUUUAUUGCAUGUAAUGAAACCUAAUGAAUUUUUAAAAUACUUUUAUUUAUUUAGUACUUUUUAUCUGGCUGAGCAGCCACGUUAGGUGCAAUUUUAAUGUUAUCUGAACUUGCCUGCUGCUGUGAUUGUUUUGUGUGAACCUGCAGUAGUGGGCAAGCUAGAAAAGAAGAAGGAAAAAAAAAAAAAAUUCUAAGGAGAGAAAAAAAAGCUGCAAAAAGAAAAAUUUUAAAUUUACAUUAAAAUAAAUUAGCUGUAUUGAAUGUUUCACGUGUAACAUUGAGAGCUCGGGCUUAUAGCUGCUUUGGUUUUUGCAAAUUGUUGAGGGAGAAAAGGCCCAUCUAACCCUAUACAUAUCUCAUUGGUUGGUAUGAUGCUCGGAGAGUCCCUUUAUUAAAGAUUCCAUUAAAGUCCAGUUUACUCAAUAACUGCUGUUAUUUCAUUUUAUUUGCUUUUCAAAUGAAACUGUUUUUAAAAUUUUUAGACGGUCCCAAUUAAGCAAGUUAUACCAUAGGUUUUAGUAUCACAUAAUGCUUAGGAAUGCAAAUGACAAAGUGCACUAAACCAUGGCUCGACAAAUCCCAGGCGCCACAUCGUCAUGGCGACCAAGAAAUUUGUCCCGGUGCCUGGGAUUUGUGAGCCUGUUUAGCCCCAGAGGUGACCAGCUGCCUGACAUUGGGGGCAGGGGGGGAAGCAGACUGCUCACGCAGAGCUCAGGCAGGCAGGCAGGUGGACUGUUAGCUCAUUGAGAACUGGGGGAGGUGGGCAGACCGCUGAAUAAGGGAGGCGUUCCCUGUAAUCUCCCUGCUCUGCUUUAUCGCGCUCCCUCCAGUGAUGCCGGGAACUGGAAUAUGAUGUAAUUCCAGCGCUGCAUCACUAAACCGCGCUUUAGGGAGCAGAGCAGGGAGAUGACAGUAGCCCCACUGGACCCCUGGAAAAUCCAUGUGUGCGUGUGUCUGUCAGUAUGUAUGUAUGUUUAGGUGAUCUGUCCCUCAUCAAUCACGUGGGAAAGGUGUUUUUACUCACCCUUUUUCCCAAGACAUGCUGGUGAUGCCAUGGUUGGCCCCACCUCCAUGUCUGAGAUCCUCAGUCUCAGGCAAUUCAAUGCUUCUCCAUAGAAAAACAUUGGAAGACUAUUGGGCAUGCUCAGCUAAACGCCAUGCCGCUCAAUUAACUUCUCAUACAGAUGCAUUGGAUCAAUGCAUCUCUAUCAGAAGCAUUAAUGUAGGUGCUGCACACUGUGCAGCACUGACCUGGGAAGCGCUUCUAGAUGCCGUCUGAGUGACUGUCACUAGAGCUGUUACCAGACAGCAAUGUAAACCCUGCCUUUAGUGCGAAAAGUCAGUAUUUACAUUGAAAAGUGUACAGGGACAGUAUAUAGAUUUCAGAACUGCAUUUAGCUGUAGUGGUUCUGGUGGCUAUAGUGUCCCUUUUAAGAAUUGUAUUUUUUGAUAUUGAAAAAUCUCUCCUACCUUUUUUUAUCUGGCUCCUAGAUUUCAAGCAAAUUUGUCAAGCCCUGUACUAAACAGUGUUAUAUGUAAGAAGCAAGCUUCAGAGUUUACAAUGAAAAAUUCACAUUAUUUUAUUAAAUGUAAUCAUAACAAUACAUGGUAAGCUUUGUUUAAAAAAAAAACAAAAAAAAAAAAAAAAUUUUUUACAAAAAAUCAACUUGAUUUUUAAUUUAAACUACAUUCCCCUUAGUGGCUUUCCAGCUUAUCCUUUAGAGUAGUGGUUAGCUUACUUGCUGGAACAUAUAUUGUGCUAUUUGCUUAUUCAUUGCAUUUUCCUAAACAAUCAGACACUAUGAUUGCAUAAUAACCUCGAUCUUAUGCAGUCAAGCCCUGCUAUUUAAUUUUCCAAUUACACUAAAUAGGCUAUGCCAGAUAUAAUUCGCAUCCACCUAAACUAAAGAUUUUUCCAUUGACACACCUCUGUUGAGCUGCGUCCCGUGAUGACUUCAUGGAAAAAGUUUUAAUGGUUUUCAAACCAAUUCCCAUUGACUCGUAUAUCACAUCUUCACCCUUCCAAGAAUGCGCACAAACAAUGGGGACUCGUAUUGUGCUACAUUAGAUUAUUUAUAGGCUGAGAGACAUUCCAUUUAAAGCUUUCUGGACUCCCAAGUUGUUAUGUAUGUGACAGCAUGUACAUAAAAUAUGAAACACAUGUUUCUAAUAAUAUAUUAAAGAGUAUAUGUACUAUUUAUAUGUGUAUUUAUUAAUCUAUUCCAGAUCAUAUGUUCUAUUUCUAUAUAUAAAUAAUAUUAGACUUCUGCAAAUAUGUGUUAGUUGCCCAAAUAAAAUUUAAUUCCUGGCAAUGUUUAAACUAAUACGUUCUGAGUAUUCAUUCAUUUUUUGACUGAAAUUCGUUCUUAAAUGAGCCAAUGUCCGUCAUAAUAUGAACAAAUAUUGUGAAUUGAUUAGUUCAAUGAUUACGAGGAAUUUCAUUUUAUUCAGACAAUGAACAUUUGCACAAAUCGAAUAUAUAUAUAUGUGAGUGUUGUGAGGACAAGGUGCUGCAGCUUCACGACCACAAGCACGCAUUUGGCAACAUCACAAGUGAACGUUAUGUUUCCAUGUGCCUAAAUACUUGUAUGGUAUGUGCCGAUCCACUGACCAAGGCUAAAAUCCAUUCUUUUUCCCUCUUCUUACCCUCUAUGUAGCCCUCUAACUGACCUGAUCUCUUGGCAGAUUGCUUCAGAUUCAAUGUGAAAACGUGAAAUUGUCAAUCUAAAUUUGAUUAAAGGGAUUAAAGGGCCAGGAAAACAAUCAGUUUUCCUGGCACUGCAGGUCCCCUCUCCCUGAAAAACCCCUUCAGUCACUUACCAGAGGCAGCAACAUGUCCCACGUCGCUGAUCCUUCCGCCGCCGCCGCUCUUCCCCUUCAUUACGUCAGCGAGACUGAUCCCGGCUGGGGAGACCUAAUGCGCAGGUGCGGCAAUGCCGUGCAUGCGCAUUAGACCUCUCCAUAGGAAAGCAUUGAAAAUGCUUUUCAAUGCUUUACUAUGGGGAUUUUAGCGACGCUGGAGGUCCUCACACAGCGUGAGGACGUCCAGCGACGCUAUAGCACAGAUAAUCUGUGCUAUGAUCCCGGAAGUGCUCUCUAGAGGCUGUCUAGUAGACAGCCACUAGGGGAGGACUUAACCCUGCAAGGUAAUUAUUGCAGUUUAUGAAAACUGCAAUAAUUACAGUUGCAUGGUUAAGGGUAGUGGGAGUUGGCACCCAGACCACUCCAAUGGGCAGAAGUGGUCUGGGUGCCUGGAGUGUCCCUUUAAACCCUUGGAGCUAGUUAAGAUCCCCUAUUAUAAACAAAAGCUGCAUUACAGCUAGACCUGGUUAUUCCCAUCUCCACCCGGUCAUUUCAAAUUUUAGACUAAAAUAGCCAAACCAAAAACUGAUUAUUCAAAUCCACAUAUUUUGGCCUAAAGUUUAACAUUCUCUUUUAAAUGUGAUAGUGUGAACUGUCAGCGAUUCAAUGGAUAACCCUGCAGUGGUAAAUGAGAGUACCUUUAAGUUUUCUCUAGUUUGUGGUGUUGAGAACCAUUCCAUUGGGUAAUAACUUCAUUUUGUCAGUAUCCGAAGGGUGAAAAGACGUGUUGACCUUACCAUGACUCGAACAUACUGCAUUGGAAUGCAGAGAUAAUGCAGUUGGAGCAUUAACCACUGAGCUGCAUCAAAUGGUGCGCAAGUUGCCAUGUGUUAAAAAAACUUUCUAAAGGAACAAUGACCUUAUAAAUGAGAUCAGCUUGUAAAGUAUUGUGCCAACUGAUAUUCAUGGCCAAUCAUACAUAACUGGUGCUGUAAGUGUAUUUUUUAUUUUUAUUUUUUUUUGCUUACACAACCCCAGCUCUUGAAUGCCUCAGACUUUUUCCAUCCACUGCAGCAACAGCUGGUUUACAUAUUUCACUUGAGCCUUAACAAGCCCGUAUAUAAUCAGCGUUUCCAUGAUGACCGAUCUAUUUGCUAUCAAAUUGAAGUGACAUGGCCAGAAUACCAGGAAAUCUUAAGUGGAGAAUAUCAUUUGCAAAUGUUUCCUUUGUUGAGAUUCUUCCUCUCCGCACACUUGAGCAGAGAUAAGAUUAAUGAGCCUACGGUUUAGUAGGUGGCUCUGUGUAGGUAUUUAUGUCUGGCUGGCUACAGAUUCCUAUAUUAUUGUGGUGUGUGUUUUUUUUGUUAUGUGUGUGUUUGUUUAUACUUUAUAUGGACUGCAUGCAGUGGUGUAUCCUGGUUUUGUGCUGCCCUAGGCAUGACAAAACUCAGGCUUUUUUGCCGCCCCUUGGAAAAUGCCACCAAAGGCAAAUGCCUUGUUUGCCUUGCGGCUAAUACGACCCUGACUGUGUGUAUAGUGUAGCUGUUUUAGUCAUGUCACAUGACCGCAUUGGGGCAUCUCAUGUCUCUUUUUAUUUUGACCAUCCAACAUUUUACACUGACCAUCUGUAAGAAGUUUACAGAACAUAAUUGUAAACCAUGUAUAUUAGAAUAGUACGAUACAUGUAGAACAAAGGUGGCGUUCAUUUUAUCUUUUAUUUUCAAUGUACUUAAAGGGAUACUAAAUGCCAGGAAUGCAAAGCUGUAUUCCUGGCAUUAUCUCCUCCCACCUCCCUCACACCCUCCCAACCUCUGAUGUCCCGCGAAGACCAUUAGACCUCCCCGUAGGAAAGCAUUGAAUCAAUGCUUUUCUCUGGGGGGAAAAAUCUCUGCCGCUGGAUGUCCUCCUGCAGAGCAUGAAGAUGUCCGAUACCAGACCAAAGGUCCGUUUCAAACCAGGAAGCCCUGGAUACCACUGAUACUGAAUAAAGUUUGCUGGUCAGUAGAGUAACACAGAUAGUGUCACUUAGUCAUUCGGCGUCAAUGGGAUGCUAGCAAAAGGCAUGUCAAAACUGGGAUAUGUCAUGAAUUUAACCCUAGAGUAUAGACCAAGCAUGUCAAACUCGCGGCCAACAGGCCGCAUGCGGACCACAGUGGUUAUCUUUGCGGCCCAGCGAGUACAUGCUUAGUGUUAUAGCAGAGUAGGCACCUGAUUUCUCCACAUUGCAGGUGCAUACACUGCUAAAAUUUACCUGGCCGGGAGGAGAGGUCGCUGGAGGAGCUCAGUCUUCCUCACUGCUCCCUCACGUGCGCCGUCUGUAGUGGUGCCGGAAUAUAACUUCAUAUUCCGGGACCUGGCAUCACUAAACUGCGUGUGCGAGGGAGCAGUGAGCAGCAGGAAGGAGAUCUCCAGAUAGAAGAUCCCCACUGGACUCCAGGGAUAAAUACAAUGAUGUGAGCAUGUGCAAGAAUGUGUAAAUCUGUCUCUGAGUGUGUCAGUGUUGCGAUGGCCGCGGCUGGACAGUGGAGGACCUGGAGGUGCACGGAGGUACGCAACGCCAUGUCACAUUCCAACAUGAUGUCGACAUGCUCCACCUUCACAGGGUUUCAAAGGGACUAACCUAUGGACCAGGAUUAUUUGUUUUCUUUUUUUUUAUAUUUUCUUUUUUUGUAGUGUGUACACACUGGGACUUUAGUACUAUAAUUUUUCACAGAAUGUUUAUAAUUUUUUGGAUCCAUUUUUCUUUUUUUCUUUUUUUUAAAUAUUUAUUUCUUUUUUUCCAUAGAUUUUUGGUAUCAGACUAUUGAGAUACAUAUAACUUAUAUACUCUGCAAUAUAGCAUUGUAUAUUGUUAUUUCAUCUUGUAGGGUUACUAGGUAGGGAUUUUUUUAUUCCACUGUUACAUAUAGAACUGGCAGUAGUGUAGAUGUAUGUCUACUCCUAUGUACAUCGUUUUGUUUAUGUAUUUGUGCCUAUUCUGAAGUAUAGACUGUGACAGAACAGACUAUCACAAUACUUAUAUCAAAUAAAACAUUUGUGAAAAUAAAUACAAGAAACCUUUUGAAUUAUACCUGAGUGCGGUAUCACAUGUUUUCUAUAUCUAAUUAAAGGUAUUUUCGGGGCGACCUUGAUACCAGCACCACCAUAGAUAUGAGUGCUAAUACAUUUGGGUGUACCAGAGGCUGGAGUCACAUACUGGCUGCGCCAAUGUGAGUGGAGUCUGCUUGUUGGCUAGUGGGGAGUGCUGGGAUUUAGUAUAUGGGGGAGGGGGUGCUCCAUUUUUGUACUGUACAGUUUAAAAUAAACCUACUUUUUCUAUGAAAAUUUUCAGUGUUUUUUUUUUUUUGUUUUGUUUUUUUGCGGCCCACAUAAACUUAAACCUUGCUUAUUUGGCCUGUGCUAGACUUUGAGUUUGACAUGCUUGGUCUAGACCUUUACAAACAUUAUGGCUAACAUAUAUGUACGUAUGUUGGUAUACAUGGAGAUGAGAAUACAUGCUAAUUGAUGGGUUUAACUUUUAAUAUAUUAGCUUAACAUUUUGUGAAAGUGUGUGUGUGUGUAUACGCUUUUUUUUGCAUUUACUAGCCAGCUUCGGAUUAGCAUCAAGCAAAUGAGAUACAAUGUUUUUGGAAUAGUAUGGGAAUUAAAGAUUGACUAAUGCCUCGUUUCCACUGAGCGGUAUGGUUCGGUUCGGAAGGCUUAGAUUGGUCUAACCUAUUCAGGUAAGCGCUUCCACUGCAAGUCGGACCGCCACGGGGCAUGCAGGAUUUUGACCAAAUGCCUAGCGUGUCAUUUGUCGUGAGCAUUGAUGUUUUCCAUGCCAAUCAAUGGAUUGUAUAGUGACGCCAGUAGCUCCGCCCUAACCAUACUGUACCAUUUCCUAUGGACCUACAUCUGAAGGGGGCCCAGGAAAGGUGUGGUGUGGUUCGGUUAUAUGGAAACACCCCAACCUUGGCAUAAUAAAUCAACACGCUAUCUGCAGAGUUGCUCCCGUUGUGCUGAACGCUCCUGGAGGAAGUCCCGCACCCAGGCAGACUUUCUCCAUUAUAGAUUCAUGUUGCUUUCAUACAGCGCAGCCCUCGCCCUCGCCAAACAGUCAUACUUUUCCUCUCUCAUUAGUUCAUGCUCCCGCAAUCCCAGACGCCUCUUUGACACCUUUAAUUCCCUUCUCCGCCCUGCUGUGGCCACCCCCCAAACUAACCUUACAGCUGAUAGCUUUGCAUGCUACUUUACCGACAAGAUUGAACAGCUAAGGAAACAAUUCUCCCCUCCUUGCCGUUCUCUUUCUCAACCACAUGUAAAUCUUGCUUUCCCUACCCUCCAGACUUUCUACCCGGCUACUGAACAAGAGGUGGCUGCGCUUCUCCAUUCCUCUCGCCCCACCACUUGCCCGCUCGAUCCUGUCCCAUCUCACCUCAUCAGAUCUCUCUCCCCUUGUCUUGUGCCUACCCUAACACACAUCUUUAACUGCUCUCUCUCUUCUGGCACUGUUCCUGCUGACCUUAAACAUGCCACUGUAAUACCUAUCCUGAAAAAACCAUCUCUUGACCCAUCCUCCCCUUCUAACUAUCGUCCCAUAUCCCUGCUCCCUUUCUCAUCAAAGCUUUUGGAAAGGCUUGUCUUUACCCGUGUGUCCCGCUUCCUUAAUUCCAACUCUCUCCUUGACCCUCUUCAGUCUGGCUUCCGCCCUCUCCACUCUACUGAGACUGCUCUUAUCAAAGUGACUAAUGACCUAAUCUCCGCUAAAUCCAAAGGUCAUUACUCCAUAUUAAUUCUCCUUGACCUCUCUGCUGCCUUUGACACCGUUGAUCAUGCUCUCCUCCUUCAAACUCUUCAAUCGCUCGGUCUCUGUGACUCGGUCCUCUCUUGGUUUUCCUCCUAUCUCUCCCAACGCUCAUUCAGUGUCUCCUUUUCCAAGGAUACCUCCUCCACUCGUCCUGUCUCGGUUGGAGUUCCCCAAGGGUCUGUCCUUGGUCCCCUUCUAUUUUCUCUUUAUACCGCCUCUCUUGGUAAACUGAUUGCCUCUUUUGGAUUCCACUACCACCUGUACGCUGAUGACACUCAGAUAUACCUCUCCUCCCCGGACCUCUCCCCUGCUGUCCUGCAACGUGUCACUGCUUGCCUUUCUUCCAUCUCUGACUGGAUGUCUUCACGCUUUCUGAAACUUAACCUCUCUAAAACUGAACUCCUUGUCUUUCCUCCUCCUAAUACUGAUCCUCCUCUCUCGCUCUCCCUUCAAGUCAGUGAUAUCCACAUAAGUCCAUCCCUGCAAGCGCGCUGUCUUGGCGUCAUACUUGACUCUGGUCUCACCUUUGAGUCUCACAUCCAGUUUGUUGCCAAGUCCUGUAGGUUCCAACUCAAAAACAUAGCCCGCAUUCGCCCCUUUCUUACGCAAGAUGCUACCAAGGAGCUUGUCCAUGCUCUAGUAAUUUCCCGCAUGGAUUACUGUAACCCUCUCCUGAUUGGUCUCCCCAAAAGCCGUAUUGCCCCGCUACAGUCUGUAAUGAAUGCUGCAGCUAGACUGAUUUUCCUCUCUAGUCGGUCCUCUCACACCUCACCCCUCUGCCGGUCCUUACAUUGGCUCCCUGUAUGCUAUAGGAGUCAAUUCAAAGUGCUAACCCAUACAUUUAAAGCACUGAACAGUUCUAGCCCCGCUUAUAUCUCUUCACUGAUCCAUAAAUAUGCCCCUCCACGUACCCUCCGCUCUGCCCGUGACCACCUCCUGACCGCUGCUCGCACCCGUACGGCCAACUCGCGCUUGCAGGACCUCUCGCGGGCGGCUCCUCUCCUAUGGAAUAGCUUGCCUACUGCCAUCAGACUCUCCCCUAGUCUUCAAUCAUUUAAGAAGGGCCUUAAAACCCAUCUCUUCAGGAAAGCUUAUGGCCUCCCAGAGUAAUCUCUACCUUACAUACCUGUCUCCUGCUCUCUCCUAUGGGACAGUGCUUUGCUCUCUCCUCCAGCUCUGCUUCACUCCUACUUGAUAUUUAUUGUCCUAAUGUUUCAAAUACCCCACCUCCAAUAGUCUGUAAGCUCGUUUGAGCAGGGUCCUCUUCAACCUAUUGUUCCUGUAAGUUUUCUUGUAAUUGUCCUAUUUAUUGUUACACCCCCCCUCUCAAAAUAUUGUAAAGCGCUACGGAAUCCGUUGGCGCUAUAUAAAUGGCAAUAAUAAUAAUAAUAAUAAUAAUAGUGUACCAGACCAUACUGAUCCGUACCGCUCAGUGGAAACUGGCAUAUUAGACUACUUUGCAGGCCCCAUGUCUCCUUUUGGUUUAAGAGUGAGCUGUAAAAUUAAAUUGCCCCCACCGUGCCACACUGUUGGCAAAAGUACACUCUCAAAGCAAAAUGUGUUUGGAGAUUUUUUUUUUUUUUUUUUUUGUAUGGCUGUUUAAUCAUCCUUUUCUCCAAAUAUUGCUGUAAGAAUUUCUUUAAGCAAUUGUUAAAAGGACCACUAUAGUGCCAGGAAAACAUACUCGUUUUCCUGGCACUAUAGUGCCCUGAGGGUGCCCCCACCCUCAGGGACCCCCUCCCGCCCGGCUCUGGAAGGGGGGAAAGGGUAAAAACUUACCUUUUUCCAGCGCUGGGCGGGGAGCUCUCCCUCCCUGCCUCUCGCUAAGAUUACGCCCGCCCAUUGAAUGCUUACUUGUAGCGGCAAGAGCUGCGCGCGCAUUCAGCCGGUCUCAUAGGAAAGCAUUUACAAUGCUUUCCUAUGGACGCUGGCGUGCUCUCACUGUGAAAAUCACAGUGAGAAGCACGCAAGCGCCUCUAGUGGCUGUCAAUGAGACAGCUACUAGAGGAUUAGGGGGAAGGCUUAACCCAUUCAUAAUUAUAGCAGUUUCUCUGAAACUGCUAUAUUUAUGAAAAAAUGGGUUAACCCUAGAAGGACCUGGCACCCAGACCACUUCAUUAAGCUGAAGUGGUCUGGGUGCCUAGAGUGGUCCUUUAAGCUUAUAUAUUUAAACCACUCAAUAAGUAUUUAGUUCCAUCCCCAUGUAUACCAACAUACACAAAUAUAUGUUAGCCAUUUUUGUGAAGGUAUAGACUCCAGGGUUAAAUUCAUGAUAUCCCAAUUUUGACAUGCCUCUUGCUGACAUCCCAUUGACACCGAAUGGCUGAUACUAUCGGUGUCACCCUACUGACCAGCAUCAAACGUGACUCCGUAUCAGUGGUAUCUUGGCAUAUGGUUCAAAUGGAAAAAAUUUAAUGCCUGAAAAAGCUUCCAUGGAACCAUGAGCUGUUUCCAAGUUAUAAUUACUAUAUUAAAGGGGCAUUUCAAGCACCAUAAUCACUACAGCCCCAUGCCAGGCAUUCUAUGCCACUAUUUCACCAUAAUCUGUAAAACUGUUUUAGCAUGGUUUUGACACUUGCCAGAUGCCCACAUUGGAGAUUUAGAAACUGGAUGCCCAUUUGUGCAAGGCAGCAGCACAUCCAUUGGUUGACAGUACUCCCUUUUUCACUCUCCGCCAAUUAAUGUUUUCCUGUCUUGCUUCAAUAUGACCUCCAGCAUCACAGCUUGAGAGGACCACAAGAAGUGCAGGUGCCCGGUGAGAUUCAGAGAACCGUUAAGCAAUGCUAAAAUGCUAAACCAUGGUUUGCCAGAUUAUCGUGGGAAGAUCCCAAGGCACUUCUGGCACCAAAACCAAUAUAGUGGGAUGUAGUAGUUAUCAUGCUUUGAAUGUUCCUUUAAAUUAGACUGAUUGGGGGAGGGUGGACUCAGGGGAAAAAAAUGGUGAAAUUUCCUAACUUAUUUCAUACCAGACAUAGCAAUUACCCACAGCCGGUAAAGAUUCGUAAAAGUAAGGCUGAAUAGGUAUCGACCCUGUGGACUGAUACUUUUAUUUUAUUGAUCAAUGAUAAAAAAAAUAACAAAAAAUCUAUACUAGCUAAAAGAUUAAAAAUCUGGUCUUGGGGGGGGAGGGGGGGGAAAUCACGCUGCCAGCGGCCCAUCGACACGCUAAAAGCAGACGGCAAGACUCCUUAACCCACCCCGAAGCGAUUAAUGCCAUUCUUCGCAGCCUCGCACCAGCCUAAGCGGAGGCAAAAACUUAAGGCCUACCCCACACUGACAUAUACAGGCCUGGAGGCAAUCCUAAACGACUCCGCAGCAAGAAGGGUGUGGGAAAGAGCGUCCCCAACGGAGCCGGAUCAGCCUGACUGCAUGCCGGCUAUGGGGCACCGCUCACAGCGACCACAACACCAGCCGAAUCCCUGCGCCUUGCAACUCAAACUCACCGCCAGGAUCCGGGUCAAACACCACCAUGGACACUCAACCCGUGCGCGCAAACAGUCCGGAUGACUCAGCCGAAUUGACCCCUACCACCAAGCAUGACUUAAAGGACCACUAUAGGCACCCAGACCACUUCAGCUUAAAGGACCACUCUAGGCACCCAGACCACUUCAGCUUAAUGAAGUGGUCUGGGUGCCAGGUCCAGCUAGGGUUAACCCAUUUUUUUAUAAACAUAGCAGUUUCAGAGAAACUGCUAUGUUUAUGAAUGGGUUAAGCCUUCCCCCAUUCCCUCUAGUGGCUGUCUCAUUGACAGCCGCUAGAGGCGCUUCCGUGCUUCUCACUGUGAAAAUCAGUGAGAGCACGCAAGCGUCCAUAGGAAAGCAUUGUAAAUGCUUUCCUAUGUGACCGGCUGAAUGCGUGCGCAUUCAGCCGACGGGGAGGAGAGAAGGAGGAUCGGAGGCAGAGAGCUCCCCGCCCAGCGCUAAAAAAGGUAAGUUUUUACCCCUUUCCUCCUUUCAGAGCCGGGGGCACCCUCAGGGCGCUAUAGUGCCAGGAAAAAGAGUGUGUUUUCCUGGCACUAUAGUGGUCCUUUAAUGAAGUGGUCUGGGUACCAGGUCCAGCUAGGGUCAACCCUUUUUAUAAACAUAGCAGUUUCAGAGAAACUGCUAUGUUAAUGUUAGGGUUAAUCCAGCCUCCAGUGGCUGUCUCUUGACAUCCGCUAGAGGCGCUUGCGUGCGUCUCACUGUGAAAAUUGUGAAUGCUUUCCUAUGGACUGGCUGAAUGCGUGCGCAGCUCCUGCUGUGCAUGCGCAUUCAGCCAAAGAGGAGGAGGAGGAGAGCUCCCCGCCCGGCGCUGGAAAAAGAGGUAAGUUUAACCCCUUCAUCUCCCCAGAGCCCAGCGGGGGCACCCUCAGGGCACUAUAGUGCCAGGAAAACGAGUAUGUUUUCCUGGCACUAUAGUGGUCCUUUAAAAAUACUAUUGACAGAUUUUCAUAAAAUCCUGGCAGCAGAACUUGCCCCAAUCAAAACAGACAUUAAGGCAAUCACAGAGAGUGCAGAUGUCAGAAAGAGACAUCGUGACCCUACAGGAACACCAGUCUGAGCUUCAGGAAUCCUUACAGCAAGUGUGGACCCACCAAAGAACCAUGGCUGCACAUCUGACAGCACUGAUAGCACCAACAUAAAAAUAAGGGGCAUUCCAGCAGAAACUGCAAGAGAAACUACUGCACUACUCCAGACGUCUGCUGGCCACAAUCCUACCUCCAGCCACAGUAAAGAAACUGGCCACUAUGGAGAUAUACUGUCUACCCGCAACAGCAAGGGCCCCACCAAAUAUGGCCCUGGACGUAAUACUCAAAUGUCCAACGCUUCACGACAAAAUACAGAUUAUGUCGGCCCUUAAAGGGAAAACGCCACUGAAAUUCGAGGGGCGUUACCCUGACCUUCUUUCAAGACCUUACAAAAGCCACUUACCUGGCGCAAAACUUUCCACCCGCUCACCAGUGACCUGAGAUCCGCAGGUAUCACCUAUAGAUGGGGCACUAAUGGAUCCCUGGUGGUUCACCAGAACGGAACCCAGCAUACAAACACCGCGAUGGAGAAAGCACCCAAAUUAUUAGUGGCCUUGGGACUGACAACUCAGACCAGCGUAAAUCCACCCCAGAGACCAACAGCAGACACCUGGGACCCGGAACACGUCGUCCCAUUUGUACCAAGGGCCAGGGGCUCCCAAAACCAGAACACAGAUGGAAGACAGUCCCUGGGGACCAAUCCCCCCCCCUGCAACUCCCACGGUUAGGAGUAAGCACACGUAAGGUGAAGGGCACAUUCGACACCACUACAUCUCUAGACAUAGGGCUCUCUGCGACCAACCAGCUCCUCAUCUCGCUCACAACACCCUAGCGUUUACAAGAAUACCUUCGAUUACACACAGUCUAAGCAGCGCAGGCAGAACAGCUCAGCAUACCAGAGAGCCUAGAUGUAGCCUGAAUUAACCCAUACUCGCCUCCAAACCAGCAAUGUCUGUAACACCAAGCCUGAACCUCCCAUCACGUACCCACACGGCAGACGCGUAAACCCAGCUUGUACAUGGCUAGAUUCAAAACCUACAUAAAAAGUGCUUUUUUUACAGAAUGUCAGGCAACUGACAGUAUAUGCAUGUACCUCAUCCAACUGGUAAAUACUGUUGCAACAUUGUAUGCAUAAUCCUGUCAUUUUAUGCAUGCAAAAAUAAAGAAUUAAAAAAAUAUAUAUCAUUGUUGCCCUGGUACUAACUCAAAUAGGCAUACUAACCAUACCUAUAGACUGGAGUUUUAGUGAUUGCGAUAUAUUAACUGUCAUAGUGGGAUAGACAUAUACAGAGGAGUAAUGUCUAAUCAUGCAUGAGCAAUCCUUGGGCAACAUGAGGACACUGAAGUUGUCCUGAACAUAGAAACACAGCAAACACAGGUGUGUUUUAAAGUAUCUCUUCUAGUAUUUACUGGGGUUAAAGGACCACUCUAGGCACCCAGACCACUUCAGCUUAAUGAAGUGGUCUGGGUGCCAGGUCCAGCUAGGGUUAACCCAUUUUUUCAUAAACAUAGCAGUUUCAGAGAAACUGCUAUGUUUAUGAAUGGGUUAAGCCUUCCCCUAAUCCUCUAGUGACUGUCUCAUUGACAGCCACUAGAGGCGCUUGCGUGCUUCUCACUGUGAUUUUCACAGUGAGAGCACGCAAGCGUCCAUAGGAAAGCAUUGUAAAUGCUUUCCUAUGCGACGGGCUGAAUGCGCGCGCAGCUCUUGCCGCGCGUGCGCAUUCAGCCCAGGAGGAGGAGAAGAGGAGGAUCGGAGGAGGAGAGCUCUCCGCCCAGCGCUGGAAAAAGGUAAGUUUUUACCCCUUUCCCCUUCCAGAGCCGGGCGGGAGGGGGUCCCUGAGGGUGGGGGCACCCUCAGGGCACUAUAGUGCCAGGAAAACGAGUAUGUUUUCCUGGCACUAUAGUGGUCCUUUAAGGAACAAGGAGCUGUGAAUUCCAGAUAAGUGAUAGUUUCACUUUAAGAACAGUACGUUUUUACAAUAUAAUUUUUUCUACAAACUUAGCCCAGUUUCUCCAGAAAUAGAAAUGUAUUGUUCUCGGUGGUUCAGCUUUUGCCUUUUUUUUUUUUUUUCUUUUAUUUGAUUGAAAGUUUUAUGAUUUUCCCACAAUAGUUUCCUGUUUUCAAAUUGCACUAUUCAAUUAUUAUUGAGAAAUAUUUUCCAUUCAAUUUGCAAUUUCCUGCUUUUAGAUGAAGAUAUUUUAUUUUAAGAAGUCUGCUUCACAGAAAGACUAUCAAGAGCGUUUUACGGGGUAGUCAUCCUAGGAUCGUAAUUUAUUUCAAUCCUUACUUUGAGGUUCUGAAUUCUUUUAAUCUGUUUGAAAAUAUUGUGGAUAUUUUUCGGAGAUCCAACUUGAGAUAAAACUCAGAACAGAUUCCACAACGAUCCUGGAUAUCCCAUCUUAAUACCCUUCACUCCAAUACGGAAAUUGCUUAAACAUCUGUCUUUCAUGUAAACUAAAACUUUGAAUUCUAGGGUCAACUGUACUUCACUGUUGCAUGGGGUCUAGAUGUUUUGGCAGAUUUAACGCAGCUGUUUGAGAUGUUAAAUAAUAUUACAAAGAUUUGUUGUCUUAAAGGACUGCUUACUUUUAAUGGCAUAGUAAAUGAUUAAAAAACUGUAUUAUGUAAAUUAAUAAAACAAAAAGUUCAACCAGUUAAUUUCUAAUAAUUCGGUGUUGAUUUACUAAACCGAAUGCACUGAUAAUGGAGCUAUAUUGUCGCUUUCAGGGUGAAAGUGUUUGUAAGGAAGCCGAUACGAUGACAAACUAUGGGUGAAUAUUACAUUUGUGUAACACCCACAAUCAUAAGUUGCAAGAAUCCCGACUGUGACUGCUACACUGGCAUUGCGGUGGCCAAGGGCUGCAGGGGAUAGGGAGUUAUGCUUACCUGGAUCCGUCAGUUGUGGCUGCCGGUUCUCUUCCGCUCCCGCCAAGAGACUGUCGGCGUUGUAAUCUCGCAUAAGUGUACAACACUGAGGUCUAUGAAGGAUCCUGUGGGAUCCUCCAUAGACAGAGCCUUGUCCACCUAAGCCGUUAGGGCUUGAUAAAAGGUAGCUCCACUUUUUGUCAAGCGUAGUCUACUUUGACUUAGUGUAUCUUGGUACUGGGUUGGAAUUUCAGUGAAAUUUCAUAAAGAUUUUAUCAUGGGAUCCUCCAUAGGAAGAGCUUCACUGGUGAUAUCUGGGGGGUUACAUAGUGUCAAGCAUUGUCAGAUGGAGGAAAAAUACUGAGACUACAAAGUCCAUACUUUGUCUCUGUAUACCUUUUUGACUUCUAUCUCUAUGAAGCACUCAUUUUGGAAGACGGGGUAACAGUCCUGCCUUAAGUAAGCUCCUAUAGAUGUUGUCCAUGCCUGAGGUUUUAUGGCUCCAAUGUCUGUAACUACCUUGCCAUCCCAUGUUUGUAUACUGUCCCAAGUGGUGAUGUCAGAACAUGUGUAACCUGAAACUGUUGAUGGCAUGCUAGGAUGGUACACCGCAAUCCAGGGGAGCAUCAUAUUACAAAAAAUAUAAAUCAAAUAGAUUGGGAAUAUUGCAAACCUGGAGCUUCAGCUCCAGUAACAUCAGUGUUAUUCUGGCCCUGCUGGAUGUGAAGGUUUUUUUGCUCCUGACCUCCCAUAGGUUCAUGAUGAGGUUCCAAGAUUCAGAUUGCAAAACCUAGUUUAUGUAUUCUGUCAUCUAGUCCAAAGAAGCUUGCAUUAUUGAUGUGAUUAAAGCUGUAUACUUAUUCAGUGAUGGAUUGUGUGGGAUUAUUCUAUUGGGGACUAGUCCCUGUAAUUGGUUGUAACUAAUGGCAAAUCACCCAGGCCAAACAUCAGAGCAAUUCUACAAUGAGAAAGCCAUGUUUAAACAUUUACAGUGAAUGGGACUUAAGUAAGACAUUACUCUCCUUUUAUGGCACUUUACGACCUUCUUGGACCAUCCCUGAGGCACCACCAAGUGCAUCGCCGUCAGGGUUUGCAAUGUCUGGUAUCAGCAAACCUGGACCAAUUGGUGGUCUCUAAGGACCAGUUUUAGAAGUAGAGAUUACUGACCGUGCAUGCUAAGCGACAGUCCUACAGGCUUGUACUGACUAUGUCUGUGUGCGCGGCUCGCACACACCUGGUCUAGAUGGAGGAGGUGCUCUAGUGGCCAUCGGGAAGACAGCCGCUAGAGACUUGUCUAACUCUGCAAUGUAAACAUUGCUGUGUCUACGCAACACCUGUUUUACAUUGCAUGAUUAUAUGUAACUGUGGUCUGUGUGCUUUUAGUCAUACUUUAAUAUUAAAACUGGUGCUUUUAUCCCAGAUAUCACAAAUUCUCCAUCUGUCAAUGAAAUUGAUACAUUAUGUGUGGAUGAUUUAUUUAUUUUUUUUAAUAGGGGAAAAAUGUUUGUCAUCUGUUAUUUUUAGUGACCGUACACCACCUCACAAAAAUGGCAACUCUUCACCCUGGUCUCUCCCCCUCCCACCCCUCCCCAAAACCAGAUUUGUUUAUUCAAACACAGCCUUGCAAAAUGUACUAUUUCCAUUUGAGACAUUUAUAUUUCCAGUUUCUCUGUUGUAUAUCAUCACCUAAAAAUCUAUUGAGAGGGGUAAGGCUAUUUUAAUUUAGGAGAACAGAUUUUUCCAUUGCUUAAUGGGUAACCUCAUCCAGUCGUAGGAUAUAAUUACUGGAUUCUUAGAACAAGUCCUGCAGUUAACGGUGACCAACUGCAGAUGUUCAUAUGUCCUCUCUUCAUCUCAUGACCUGUUGUUGUCCAUGCUUUUUCAAAAUAUAUUCUUCGUCAACAAUGGCUAAGCAUGGCACAAUGUAAGCCAGCAAAGGCCAAAGGUUAAAGCGUGGAUGUUUAAUAGAGAGGUAUUAAAUAGAUUAAAAUUGUACUCGCAUAAGUACAAAUUCACGUGUAAAAUUUAAAAAAAAUAUAGCCCAGACCAACUUACAUAGAAAGCAAAGUAAGGGUUUCUCCAACCUCCAUGACCAGCGAUUUGUAUGUGUAGUAUUUCCGCUUCUGCCUAUACAGCGCAAUAUGAGAUUUUGUGCGAGAGUAGUUAUAUUUUUGGCACAUGUAAUUUAUUCAGCACGGCACUCUAUUUCAGACUGACUAAUGUGAGUCCUGUGCAAAAAACGCGUCAAUCGUCAACACGCAAUGCGUACCUUCAAGUAGAAGCACUCAUUUUGGAAGACACCUUUGUGAGCUAGAAGUUCCCUACACUGAGAUCAGAAUGGCAGGUCCCCUUGAUAAACUGUUUGACUGCUUACAUAGGAGAGGGGUGGAGCACCAGGACACUUGUCACAUUAACCAAUACAUCAGUCUAUAGUGGUUAUGGUACUUGGAGUGUUCCUUUUAACUAAAACAAUGUUUCUGUGUGCGUGUUCUUGUUACAAAUGACUGUUUUAUGUGGGUUUUUUCUGUUCCUAUCAACCUUUGCUAUACAUUAGGCCGGGCCUGUGAUCCUCAUGUCUAUAAAAGAAGUGGAAGCCUAAUAUAGACAAAAUCUAUAGGGGAGUGGAGGGGUUAACCCUGAUUGAGAAUGGCAAGAAAGGAGAGAAACAUAUUGUUUCUCUCCUUUCUUGUGAUCCUCAUGUGUUACAGAUGCCUGAUACACAGCCUGAGAGCGUUGGGGUUUGUUAUUGGCAAACAGUUGAUGUGCUGUCAUUUAUCUAGUCCUCCCAGAAGUAGAUUAACCCUUACAGGGAUUAGGCAAAUCUUAGUUUACAGUCCUGCCUUGCCAUUGGUCCUUGGUUAAAGUAUUUUGCGUGUGACUCAUGACCUAAUUUGUUUUGUUCGUGUUUUUUUUUUUUUUUUUUUUAAGCUUUGGGUAUUGUGUGUUUGCUUUAGAUUGGAUUGUGUUUUUAGAUUGAGAACAUUGUGUAUGGAAGUAUCAGACUGAUACAACAUGGAUUGUUUUUAGAUAAUAUGCACUUGUAUUUUUAGCUUGUCCUACAGAACCCUGGAAAAUGAUUUCAAAAUCACUACCAUUAUUUUUUUUGUGAGGUAAAUAUUGUAAAUAUGUAUAUUUAUGCAUAUAUGCUAUUUGAACAUAGACGAUAAAGUUCACAGCUGAAAAUACAAGCUAUGACGCUUAGUACUGCGAGUCAUAGGAAAAUAAAAUUGCUAUAAAUCAUCUGUCAAUGAGCUUGCUAAUGAUGACAUUCACAAAUAGCUUUAAGUCCCAUCGUGGAGAAAAGCACUAAAUAAAGAUUAGUGUUAAAGGCACCUUACAACCCUUAAAGGGGCCCUCUUAGCAUAGUAACUGCUAUAGGCCAUUGUAAUGUUCAGGACUCAGAAUUUCCACAUUUAAUUAUGGGGCUGUGCUCCUGUCCUUUUGGCUGAUCACUAACUCAUUAUAUGCCACCGUUGGGAGGAGAAGCGUGGUGGAGCUUUAAAGGGACAUGCCAGUGACACAGUUUGCACAGCUUCAAAGGGUGCAAUCAUGAACUAGAUUGAGUCUGCCCAGCAAGAUGGCUACCAAGGGUGGAAAUGCCCUGCUGUCUCCUAGCAUAGCUGCAAUAUUAUUUUGAAAGCCAAAGUGGCUGGGCAGGGGCCCAGAACUGACAAUGUCAGGCCACAUUUGGACUAUUGGCAACUAUAUAGCAGCACAUGAAUUAAGUUUCAUCUUAUCCUUCUCCACUCUCUGUUUUCAUUCCUUUUUAUAGCCCAAAUAUCCAGGUACCUGAAAUGUUUCCUUUUACCUUAAAGGGUUACUCCAACCACCAUGACCACUUGCUGCUUACAAAUACUGCACAUCCUGAGAUAUUUGCUGUUGUGUGUUGGGGCUAGUUACAACCCUAAAACACACUUUGGUAGCCGGGAUUUCUGUUCUUGGCUGCCCAAUGUCAAUUCUGUACAUAUUGUACGUCUUUCAUUUGACGUAGUAAUUGCUUACCCUUCCCUUUCUCCUCCUGUCUGUUGGUUUUUUUUUUUGUUUGUUUGUUUUUUAUUUAUUUUAUUUUUUUAGUUGAAAGUCCCUCCCUCCCCACUAUAUCCUCCCCUCACCUACUCAGAGCAUGCACACUCAAGUUUGUGAGUGGGUCGUGUGAGGCGCCUGCUGGCGUCAGACAGGCUUGUGAUUGGCGCCAGAGCUUUACCUGGUGCUGGAUUACAUAUAAUUUGAAAGCUUUUUAAAAAAUGUAUUUAAAAAAAAAAAAAAAAAAGUAUUCAAGGGUGGGGGAGGUAACCUCAAAACAAUGCCCAAUAAGGCAUUGGUAGGCUUAAAAAAGUGAAGUGUGAAAGAGGGUUGCAGUAAACCUUUAACUAGUUCCUUCUAAGUACUGGAACCAUUGCAACUCAUUUAUUUAUAGUUCUUAUUUCUAACUGUUUACUAAUUGCCCAAUUCAGUGUCUAGUAAACUUGCCAAUGUACAGGGACACGUAAACUUUGCAGUGCGGUCUGCAGCUGUACUACAUAUAAGUUGGACACAAUUGACAUCAGGCUGGCUGAACCAAGCAUUUUGGCUGCCUGAUGGACAGCUCUGAUUGGCUGGCUGUCUCAGUGCUGCUGAGUGAUAUUAAACAUUUUACAAAUCACUACAGCUUAAAACCACUCUCAGAACGGAGAGGAAGUUAAGGACAAACUCUGCACCAUCAUCACUUUUGCAAUUGUACCAAGUUUGGUGGUGCUUAUAGUGCCCCUUGAAUCCUAAACGGUACAAUGUAAGGCUCACUAAAAAGUUUGCGACUUCUAAGAAUAGCAAAAGUGUAUAUAGUGUUUUUCCUGUAAUGUAGGUUAUUGAUGGGGUUUGUGUUACACCAUUAUUUUGAGUAUUCUCUGACUGCGCUGGGAAUUUGCAGUGUGUUGCGUACUUCCCAGCAUCAACAUUGGGGAAGAAGGGUCAUGUGCAAUAUUAAGGCCCAGAUCCCCUAUACCAUCUGCAAACAAGCCUCUACAAUUGAAUGCUGCAACAUUAAGGUAGAGAUAGAAAUUUAGAAGUUGCUGCAUUGGAUUUCUUUCCCCUCUGCCACUAGAUUACUUUCUUAUAAUAAUGUUAUCAUUGUUAUUUAUAGUGUACUGCAGUUACAUGUAUUAAUUAAUAAUUUGGCUGUUAUUUGAUUGGAAAAAUUCUAAAUUGUAAACCACAAAUGUUUCUUGUGCCCUGCCACUCCUCCCCGAUGCUUGCCACUCCUCCCCGAUGCUUGCCACUCCUCUGCCAUGCUUGCCUCUCCUAGCAGUAUAUCCCUUGAAAUAACAGGUUCUCUAUGUCUCUUUAGGCCCAGAUCCCCCCAAACCAUCUGCAAACAAACCUCUACAAUUCUACUCUGCGCAACCCACCCACCGGCUCCCCCUAGAUUUUCUCUGAAACUGCUAUGUUUUCAGCUGCAGGGUUAAAACUAGAGGGACCUGGCACCCUGACCACUUCAUUUAGCUGAAGUGGUUUGGGUGCCUAUAGUGGUCCUUUAAGAAGAUCCUCCAGUGUAGAUCUGGGCUGAUUCCUCACGGUGAGAUCUUGCAUGGAGCACCAGACCGAGGGAGACUGACUGUUAUUUUGUGUUUCUUCCAUUUGCGAAUAAUCGCACCAACUGUUGUCACCUUCUCACCAAGCUGCUUGGUGGUGGUCUUGUAGCCCAUACCAGCCUUGUGUAGGUCUACAAUCUUGUCCCUGACAUCAUUGGACAGCUCUUUAGUCUUGGCCAUGGUGGAGAGUUUGUAAUCUGAUUGCUUCUGUGGACAGGUAUCGUUUAUACAGGUAACGAGCUGAGAUUAGGAGCACUCCCUUUUAAAAGAGUGCUCCUAAUCUCAGUUUACCUGUAUGAGACACCUGGGAACCAGAAAUCUUGCUGAUUGAUAGGGGAUCAAAUACUUAUUUCACUCACUGUACAUCCCAAGUUUGCCCACCUUUUCCUCAACAGUUGGGAAAUAUAAUAAUGUAAGUUUAAGAUGUGAAUGUUGGUCUAUGUUACAGUAAUUUGAAUUUAAUUGAAAAUCACGGUCGUGAUAUAAACUUAAAUCAAUAUAAGUCAAAGACUGCAUGUAGUUCUACACUGGAAAAUUGCAAAGAUGGCCAAAAAUGAAAUCUGCUGCCUUGUUAUUCAUUAAAAUGAGUAAACAAAACCAUAUGACGAAAUGGAAAAUAAGGUUUAUACCUCUUCCAUGUUUUAUUGCUAAAUUGAACAUAUAACAGACUCAAUUAAGUUUUUUUUUUGCUUUGUUUUUUUCCCCCUACAUUUUCCUCUUUCCCUUAACACUUUCAGUUCUGGAAUCCAGAGUGCAACUUACAAAAUAUUUCCAGCGUUUUGAAUUGAUCAGUAAACUCCAAUAAUAGGUUUUUAUGUAAUUUAGGGAAUGUGACAAGCAAUUUGUCUUUGUAAUAAAAUCUAAUGAGUGUGUUUGCUACAGUAGGAAUUGUGGAGAAUCGAAAAGCGAAUUUCACAUCUUAGGUCAAAACAGCAGAAUUAUAAAAAUGUUUCCAAAGCUAUUUCUCCACUCAGCUGUAUUUACAUGCAUGUUUUUGCAAUUCCCAUUCCAGUUCAAUACAAUUUCCAAAUUAGUUAAUAAAACCUGAUGAUUUAUGGUCAAAGAAUGAAAUCUUCUAAACAAAUAAAAUCUGGUGAUGACAUGCGCAGCAUUAGCAACUCAUAGAAGCAUUUGCAUAAAAUACAUCACUUGUUCCAUCUCUGGACAUAGUCAUUGUAACGAUUCAAGAUUACAUUUGCUCUGUCACUUCUCACAUUUUUGUCGCCAACUGAGAGUUUGCUGUGGGUUGUGAUUUAAAGGGAAUCUGUCAGACAACUACCAUAUCCUCCAUUCCAGUUGUCUUUUUACAUAGGUGAGUUACAGUUCUGUAAUACCCACCCUCACUCCUCUCGGAGUCUUCAUUGGUUUGUCCUGUUUGGGGAUGCUUUCCUAACUAUGGCAAACCUCUUGUGUGAGGUGGACAUUCUGGCUUUGUUGACAGUAUGCCAGCGCCUGAAAGAAGUGACCUUAGUCACACCCUGUCUAUACUCCCUACCCAGAACUAGCAGCAUCAGCUUAGGGAGUUACCAUAGCAACCACAGCACAUGUGCUGUUGUUACUAUGCUAAAGGGAGAGCAGAAGGACCACCUGUUGGAAGUCUCUUCUGAUCUCCCUAUCCGAGUCUAUGCCAAAGAAUAGCUACUUGAAAAAGCCUUGUUGGUGAAACACUUUGAAUUCUUUUGUUUUAUAUUGUAUCUAUCUAUAAAUGUUGUUUCCUUUUAUUUUUAAACCUGCUAGCCUUUAUUGUUUUAUAUAUUUUAUUCUAUCAUUAUUCCUGGUAUUUCCUGAAGUUCAUCUUCCUGGACUACUACCUUCAAAUCCUUGGUGGGAAUUGUUCCAUCCAUGCUGCAAUAUUGAGCAAAUCCAUUGCUCAAAAAAUUGUGAGUUCAUUUUCAAUUAUCUCCAAAUAUAUUGUUAUGCAGAGAGCAAUAUAUUACAUCUCCUUUUUCUUAUAUACGUGAGCACAACUGGGUAACCAGUGUAUCAACUUUAUCCCUGGGUGGGGAUUACACCACCAUAUACCUAAAAAUGUUAGCUUUAUUACAAAUCUCUACACUUUGAGUGUACAUUUUAUAUUUUUUUUCACUUUGUGUACCCUGCAGUUAUAAUAUUGCACCAUUGUAUUUUACUCUGUCAUUUCAUGCUCUAAUGGGACCUACAAGACUGACUCUGCCUACAGCUUUAUCCAAUAUUGGUUAUAAUACAACUACAUGCUGAUAUUACUGGAGCUUGUACGUAAGCUCCAAAAAAUGUGAGUGGGCAUUUAAGCACUUUGUUGUCUGUUAUUAAUCCAGUAUACUAAAUGCUACACUACAAGUAUGUUUCUAUUUCUCUCUCCCUCCUAUCCACAUACACACCUAAUGAGGAUGGAAUAGACUGCAAAAGAACUCUAUUAGAAGAAUUUAUUAAUCUUAUUUUUAUUUUAUAUAUUCUAUAGUAUCUACUUUUUGUUCCCUGUUUUAUUUUUUCAUUUCCUUUUAUUUUAUUGGCACAACCUCAUGUUUGUACUACCUAUUUUUUCACUUAUCUGUCAGGGCGCCCAGUACACUUGCUUAUUCAUCCUUUAAAAAUAUAAAAAUAUUUAUAUGCUAAGGGAAAGAAGUGAUAAAGUUUAUAGCUUGCAGUGGUACUUCAUUGUAUGCAAUCUCAACUUUAUCACAUGUCAUCUGGUUUUUAAAAAGGAGAUAACAUCUUGAUUGAGAAGUGUUAUGGAAAAAACAUAAAUUCCAUGUUCUUAUCACUUGGAUCUCAAAAAACUUGCUCAAUGUUUUGUGUAAAGUCACUGUCUUAUUUAUAUGGGACCAAGAAACUUUAAAUCGCGGACAGUUUGAGGUCAUGGGCAACAAGGUCUGGUACAAAUAUACCAAAAAUACCCUUAAAGGGACACACUGUGAUGGAGCUGCCUUUAGUGUUUAAGUGUAUUUUAUAACAUUUGUUCUUCAUCUGUGACGUAUACGGAUUCCCGAGUUCUGUAUCAAAUACCUGCCAUUCAGUUCAGGCUUUCCCCUUGUUCUAAGCAGGAUCUGGCAAUACUUUCUAAAUGUAUGAAGCACUGAUAAAUGAGUGGGACUGCAGUCUAACAUGAUGACAACUGCAUCCUUGCUUGUCUUGGCUUACUCAUAACUCAAUUCAUGGUUUUGUGACUACAGCUAGGGUUCCAAUGCAGAAAUCCUUUUUGCUCUGCUCCCUCGCGCGCCCUGCUGUGAUGCCGGUGUUCUAUCAAAUUUCCCUACCCGUGAAAAUCCCCUACCCUCGUCACUUCCGGUGAGGGGAAUCAGCUGGAUCUUGUGCUGCACAUGCGUGCUAGCACUCCUGCUACUCCUCCACAGCAAGGUCCUGGAAGGUAAGUAAAACUAGUUUUACACUUUCAUUAUAGUUAGUAAGCUUAGGACAUGGGACAUUUAGGGUUAAUUUUAGGGUUCAAAUUAGGGUUAGGAGGGACUUGUUUAUAUUUAGUGAUAUUUCACACUUUAUUUUAACCCUUACCCCAAGGGUUAGGGUAAGAAUAGAGUGUGAGAGAGGUUAAAAUAACUUACCUAACCCUAAUUUGAACCCUCACUUAACCCUAAAUGUCCCAUGUCUAUAAUGAAACUAUAAUGAAAGUGUAAAACUAGCUUUACUUACCUUCCAGGACCUUGCUGUGGAGGAGUAGCAGGAGUGCUAGCAAGCAUGUGCAGUACCUGAUCCAGCUGAUUCCCCUCACGGAAGUGAGGAGGGUAGGGGAUUUUCACGAGGUAGGGGAAUUUGAUAGAACACCGGAACAGGACGUCAUUCCGACCCCUCCUCCAUGUUUGAGAAUCAGUCUUGAUGAUCUCAGCCAAUGCAAUGCUUUCCCAUAGAAAAGCAUUGAGAGGCUAUUACGCAUGUGACAAAAUGCUGCUCUGUGCCCCUCCUUAGAGAUGCUUUGAAUUGGUUUUAGCCUAGCUCAAUGAGAGAUUUGGGUAACUGAGAACCACCAUUAUGAAUUUAUUAGCAGCCGUAUUUAUGUUAUCAUGCUGUAUGGAAUAUUAAUAUGCCAUGCAUACAUUUUAUCACAGCUUAUGGUGAGAGGAUUCUUCUUUUCAGAGUAUGAGAAAUCUAUAUUUCGAUAGUACUGGAAAGUAUUUGAAAUGUGUAACUCAUGACAAAUCCAAUAUGCUUUCCAUAAAGGAAAUAUGUGAGUGAUGAGAUCUCUUGGCAGGUAUACAACAGGAACGAUUGGUUUAAAUUAAAUAUCUAACUUUUUAUAGGCAUUCAUAUAUUGCGAAUGGACGGAACGUUGGCAGGGGUAGCGAACUGACAAUUUGAAAGGUCACUGUAAACAGACAUGUAAUUGCCUUAAAGAGCCUGCAUGCUAUUAUAGGCAUACACAUAUCAUUAUCCCAUAUUUGUAUACCAAUUUAGAACUUGAGUUUAACUUUUUUUUUUCAGAUGCUCCAUUUUCUUUGAAUUUUUUUUUUUUAAAUUUAGCAAAUAUCAUCACAAUCCUGUUUAAACAAGGCAAAACACAGACAAACUUUUUAAAAUAAAGCGGGGAAAUGAAAAGUUUCAUUUCUCAUCUUCUCUGUACGUUCUCUCUAUGCUGACUAUGAUAGAAUGUAUGAUGGUAUUGGACAAAGAACUAAAAUGGAGGUGCUCAGGCGUAGGCUUCUGAAUUUUAUUUUUCACACUUCACAAAUACAGGUUUAUAAAAUAUAGGAAAUAACUAUAUUCCUAAAAUUCUUGGAUGUGACGGUUCACCUUUAACUUGAAUUUUACCCAAUAUCUUAAUUUUGUUAUGUGUAAAUUGGAUAAUACUGCAGCUGAAUUCAUGGCAAAUAAUGUUGGGAGAUAAUUUCAAAUAGUCACAACGACAAUGCCUAGAAAUCCUGUCCGCAAAAGACAAUUAAUUUAUAUUAAAAAAAAAUUAGUACACCAAGAUCUGUUGGAAUAACUGGCAGCAGGACCUUCAGAAUUAAUUUGAGGUAAUGCAUGUUAUGGAAGUGUCAACAUAAAAACAAUUUGUGGCACAAAAUAGGGAACUGCAAUUGUCUGAAUAACAAUUGUAUUGAAAAUUACAUUUACAAAUAAACAGGUUUUGGUAUUUAGUAGCUUCCGGGCAGUGGACAAAUAUCUGAGUAGGUGUAUUCAUAUCUGUCAAGUUUUUUAGAUAACUUACAGCUAGGAAGAACUAAUUUGAAGAAUUCACUAAAUCGUUUUACAUGUACUUACUUAUAUUUUUAUUUACAUUUUUUUUUUUACUUACCUGGCAGUACACACAACUAUUUUAUGCUCAUCUAUACAUCCUGCUAGCAAAAAUAGCUAUUUCAAAUUAAAACUAAACUUUCUCCCCACCUUUCAAUCAGUCUUUAGCGUAGACACUGGCAUAUGCCAAUGAUUGAGUGACAUGAGAGUAGCAGGAGAACCCUCCCAUGAUUCCCCUGCUGCAUUAGUUAUAGCACAGGUAUUCUAACUGCUGUGAUUAUUCUUCCAGUGAGUGCAUCUUGCACACUGCAGGGUGGGGAAGAUGCAUGGUCACUUUAUUUAGGCAUUUGGUUUUUAACAGAUCACACAUGUUAUCAGCUGGUACAUGAGACAGAAUGUAACAUAUUGUUCCCCUGUGUGUGUAAGCAGCAACAUUAUGUAUUGCUGAUACAAGCUGUUUCAGAACUUCAAAUGAUUGCAUGUGUCUUCUUUUUGGUAUUCUCAGCAAAGCCAAGCAUGUGCUGUCAUUGCCACAUUUUCCUAUUCGUUAUUUAAUUACUAUUUUUUUUUUUUUUUUUGUGGUGUGGGCAAGGCUUUGGUCUGGGUCACAUGAUUAUUUAUGUCAUGUGUUUGACUUGUCACACAUGUCUUUAGGUAAAUAUGGUUUAUUCAGGAAUGGAGCAGAUGACUUGUGUGUGUAGAUGGAUAUAUAGUGUGGUGUGUGGAUUUUUUGAGUAUUCCUCCUUCUUGGGACCUCUACCAGAGAAGUGGGGGUCUGAGGCGUCUGCACAAUAUUUUAGCUAGUCCUAAACAGAGAUCUCAGAUGUCCCACCUUGAAUCUGCUGAGGUGACUCUCCCAACCAGGCUUGCUCUCUCGAUCAAUCUAUACACUUGUGUGGUGAUAGUGGAUAAUUUACGGGUCCGUAUUUGCGUGUGUUUUCUUCCUGUGCACAGGACAAAAGCCGUGCUCUUUCUAUACCCAAAAAUCUGAAAUUUAACAGUGUUCCAUUGUAGAAAAAUAUGAUAAUAGUGGAAACUGAUGCAUAACUGCAGAUUUUUGGAUAUUGCGCACAAGUGCAGCCAUACUAUCCAACACGGUGUGUAGCCACUGCUUAUGUAUACCAGCUCUGAUGGCCAGGUACUACAGAAAUCUACCAUUCAGUUUUCUCGGUGGCAGCAAAGAUCCUGAGGGACAAAAAUGUGGGACCACCCCGGAAAGUUCCAUAAUUAACGGAUUUGAGGCCGAGCAAAACUUUUCAUAUUUAAUUUGAGAUUUCCGCCAUGCCCCAAAAUAUUUAAAACCGCAUGAUACCCAGUGUCCACAGAAAGCUUCCAGACUCUUAUGUUUUCAGUAAUUUAAUCAAUUAAAAUUUUAGAAGGACGGAUGCUUUUGAAAGUCCAGGACUAGUAAUGCAAGGCUAGGUGCAAUAGAUUUAAGUAUAGAAAUCCCCUCAGUAGUAUUUAUAUCCUGGAACAGAGGUAUCUCUUCCAUCUUGGCUCCCUGUCUAUCAUUACUUUUCUGACAUUGACCACAGUACGUGGAGGAGAUGAAGAUGGAAAAAAUAAAAAACCGUAACAAUGUUUCUUGUUCCCCAAUGCAGUUUGUGCCCUGACUGUGCCAGGAUUAGAAUGGACUGUGAGUUCAUUUUCUAAACCUUUAAUAUGCUUUAAAAAAAAAUUCUAGGUACUUUUCAAUGUUUAGUCAAUGAUGCAAUCUCCUGACAAGUGACGGUUGUCCUUUUAAAAAAUGUUACUUGUUGAUUUGUGUAUCGCUACCCGUUUAAUGGUCAGUAAUCCUAGGAAAAUCAAACCAUAGUGAUCAUCUGAAGGAGAUUAACAAUCCAUAAUUAGAUUUUAUGUAUCAUUUCAUUUUCCAGUUGACUUGCUGUGACCUUUUACAGUACACACACACCCCGUUCUCCUGGCAUUCAGCAUCGAGAUACUUCUGAAUAUACAUUAUUGUCUCUCGGGUCAGCCCUUUUUUCAUCAAUCAUAUGAUUGUUUGCUCAAUAGCUGUUUUAAUUUAGAGUUUUUCCUUUCUCAGUGGGUGAGUGCCACUGUUAAGUUAUGGCAUGCAACGCUGUUCAAACAGAUAGAACUAGUUGGGCUUGUUUGUAACGAACAGACAUCUACGUGGCUUUAACUGUACUUGAUUCAGGUAAUUCACUCAUUAACCGUCUGAAAAUAAUACUUACUAUGAUGUCAUUAAAUGCAUUUGUUGAUUGAAUGUUCUAUCACACCGUUCUAUUCAAAAUCAAAUCAUCAUAAAAAAGUUGUUCAAUGUAGUUUUACUUAACUUAUGACCACACACUUUAUUUGGAGAUAAUGGGUAUACGCGUAUCUAAACAUGGCACUGAGCAAAUAUGGAUGGAUAUAUAUAUACACACACACACAUUGUGUAAUAUGCGAAAAUAUUCGGACCAGGAUACAUUUCCAACGCGUUUUAUUGACCUGGAAAACCUUUUAAAAAAAAAAAUAAAAAAAGAGUUGACCCUUUCAGGAAGUGGACUUACUGUCCUUAGGUCUGAACGGUGAUCCAUUAUAAAGUUGUAGUUAGAUAGCCAGGCAUACAAGAUAAAUAAGCACAGGCAUUAAAUUAGCUCUGUCGCCAAAAAUAAACUAAUCUGUUUCUAUAGUUCCCUGUGUCUGAAUCUCUUUCUAUUCUAGUUUUUCUGAGAGUUCUAGUUUUUAUAAAUUACAUAAAGAUACAUUAGGACUAGUGAUGUCCCGAACGGUUCGCCGCGGACUGCGAACAUAUGCGGUAAACUUUGACCCUGUACCUCACUGUCAGCAGACACAUUCCAGCCAAUCAGCAGCAGACCCUCCCUCCCAGACCCUCCCACCUCCUGGACAGCUCACUAAGAAUGCAGCUUCACAAUCAAUGUAAAAUGGAUGCUGUCCAGGAGGUGGGAGGGUCUGGGAGGGAGGGUCUGCUGCUGAUUGGCUGGAAUGUGUCUGCUGACUGUGGGGUCAAAGUUUACCGCAUAUGUUCGCCGUCCGUGGCGAACCGUUCGGGACAUCGCUAGUUAGGACUACUUUUCCUUAUGUAUAGCAGCCAAGUUGACACAACUUGAUAAUUGAAUUUUAAAGCAUGUGCCCACAAUUCAUGUGUAAAAUCAGCCCUCCAGAAGGGCAAACAGCAGUCAUCUUGAUCAGAGGAGAACAAAAUGUUUUUUUUUCCUCCUUCACAUUUUCUAUUAUUUUUGUGACCCACCCACAACAACCUGCCUUGAAUCUCACCACUUGAAUUAAUUCUGACAAAUAGAAAUAGGCCCAAUUUUACUGGCCUCUUGUUUAUGCUAGACUAAAAUAGGUAUGGCUGCAAUGUCCAUGGCAUAGAACAAGUCCUGAUGUGUGACUGCACAAUGUGAAUACAGAUGUUUAAGCUCAUUUAGGCAGUCAUCUUGAAGUAGACAACUGCAAAAAUCAGUUUAGUAUAUAGUUUGAUCAAUAAAUUAAUAACUGUGUCCACAACCUAAAAUACUUUAGCUUUGUGAAGUGCUUUAUGUGUGAAGAGUGUGUCCUCUCAUUUUCUCAUUUUACAAAAAGUGCAGGUUUCAGUAAACAGUUACACUUUUUUUUUUUUUUAUUCAUAAGUGAAUCUAAUUAAAUUCCCCCCCCUUCCCCCCUGACUGUAAGAGGCAGCAAUUGCGCACAGCACCUUGUAAAGACUUCUUAUUAAGCUGCAUUGUGAAGUCUGUGAUUGGACAGCUACAGAAAAUCUGGGCGGGGUUAGAUGGGGAGGGCUUGCAAAGGCUGCAGACAAGAGAUCUGCAUGUUUUGCAAACAGUUUUUAGAUAUAGCCCCAAUGAAAAAAAAUGACCAUUUAAAUGCAUGCAUGUUUACAUUAGGGUUAUAUAUACAAAUUGUGUUGUAGUUUUUGUUUGUUUUUGUAUUUGGGCAGUGGAGUGUCCCAUUAAUAUUCUGCUACAUAUUUGCAAUGUAUAGGUUGCACAAAGUAAUAUUGGUCAUUUGUUAGAUGUGUCUCAUAGAAUCUAGGGUAAUAAUGCCUUAGUUGUUAAAUUUUUAAAACAAAGUUUUUUUUCAAUAAACCGUAAAUUAAUGAGAAUUGUCAAAAGAAUAAUGAAUUUUGACUAACAUGAGCAUGUAUUCCUGACCCUAUAGUGUUAACUCCACCAUCUAGCGCCCCCUCACUCCCCCCGUGCCUAAUAUAGUAAAAUCUUACUUGUAUACAAGUCUGCAGCUGCUGCCUCUGCUCCUGACCUGCCUGAAUUGCUGACAUGAUCAAAAGUGAUUCUUUGAGCCAAAUGCAAUGCUUCCAAAUAGGAUUGGCUGAGCCUGUCAAGGAAGCAAAUCAGGGGCAGAGCCAGUACAAGUCAAACAUUGCCCUGGCCAAUCAGCAUUUCCUCAUAGAGAUGAAUUAUUUAUUUUAUUUAUUUAUAAAAUAUUUUACCAGGAAAGAUACAUUGAGAUUUCUCUCGUUUUCAAGUAUGUCCUGGGUCCACAAAUCAUUGCAUUGUUACAUUAGGUACAACAAAAUACAAAAACAAUAUUAAUACACAAUAUAUACAAAAUUUAACAUAGAACAGGCAGGAAAUAUAAUAUAAUAUAAUUGAAUCAAUACAUCUCUUUGAGGAAUGUUCAGUGUCUCCAUGCAGAGGGUGGAGACACUGAAUGGUAGCACUGCACACUGUGAAGCACCUCUUGUAGGAGUGAGGAGUGGCCAGUGGAGUUAUUCCUAGGCUGUAAUGUAAACACUGCAUUUUCUCUGAAAAGACCGUGUUUACAGCAAAAAGCCUGAAGGUAAUGAUUCUACUCACCAGAACAAAUGCAAUAAGCUAUAGUUGUCCUGGUGACUGUAGUGUCGCUUUAAGAAAACAUGGAGGGCCACAUGCACACGCUUGCACGCAUACUUUAUUUUAAUAAUGAACUGGUUCCUCUUUUAAAUGUGUCAAGGGCUGUUCGCUUUUUUCCCUCCAUGAAUCAUGUGAUUUCACCACUUAAGAAAAUGUGUUGUUCAUCUAGCAAUUUCCAUGUAGUUCUAUAUUUUAAUUCUCAGUGGGCUUAUGUGCAUUUUUAAUAUAGCCUCUAUUUGGGGAAAUUGCUCUUAAAACAAGUAAUUUGGGGUUGUUGGAACGAUCACGUCAAGUAAUAUUCCCCUGUUGCCAUAGAAAUAUCAACGGCAAACAGUCACUAGGUUAGUAGAGUGUUUCUGGACAGAUUUUAAUAUUGGCUUAAUCCAAAAAUCCAUUAUCCCAUCAAAUGACAGUGUUAGCAUUGUUUUAUUUUUGGGUGAAACUCCUCUGGGCGAAUAUUACCACGUCCUGUAAAAAAAUGUUUAGUUUAAUAAAAUAAUGUAUUAUUAAUUUGUACAUUUGACCAGUGUGUCCAUUUGGCAGAAUAUCCUGGGGCAGUAUAUAUUUUUCAUUAUUUUUUCAUUUAUUUGUGUGUUUUCAUUUUUUUAUUUAUUUUUUUAGUUUAGUCUGCUUUAUGAUGCAACUUGUGUUUAUGCAGCUGGUUGCUUUUUAAAAAAAAAAAAAAAAUUUUUUUUUUUUAAUUCUUAGUUCUUAAUCUCCAAAUAUUUGGUUUGCAUUACUUUUAGGCAAAAUAAAUUGUAAGAGAUACUCACUGGAAAACGAACAAAGAAUCCUGGUUUGCAUCAAGAUAGUAUCCAUAAUAAGAUUGUUUCAAAAGACUUUUAACCGUUUUGUGUCUCUACAGAUGAAACGUUUUCAUUCCACAAAUUGUGUUUCAGGUUCUAAAUACCCAGAUAAGUUUCCUGUGCAGAGUAGGACAAAAAAAACGAUUUAAAAAAAAAUUUUUUUUUUUUUUUUUUUUUUUAAUAUAGUAUGGCCAUAUCUCAUUAAAAGGAUUCUGUAGUGUCAGGAAAACCAAGCCCUUUUCCUUGCACUAUAGAUUUCGAAGAUGCCUCCCUCCCGCACGGCUGAAGGGGUUAAGACCCCUUCAGUCACUCGCCUGAAUCCAGAGCUGAUGUCCCUCAGCGCUGGGUCAAACUCUGUCCAUGCUUCUCCCUCGCCGGAUGACAUGCUCGCAUUAGGAUUUAUUCAAUGCUUUCCUAUAUGGAAAAUCUGACGUUGGAGGUCUUCAUUCAUUACGUGAGGACGUCCAGCAUCAGAUAACAGACCAAAGGUCCGUUUCAAUUCUGGAAGCCCCUCUAGUGGCUGUCUGGUAGCCAGCCACUCGAGGAGAAGUUAACCCUGCAAGGUAAUUAUUGCAAUUUCUCAGAAACUGCAGUAGUUACCACUGCAUGGUUAAGGGACAAGGGGCAUUGCACCCAGAUCACUUCAAUGAGCUGAAGUGGUCUGGGUGCCUACAGUGUCACUUUAAGUACAGAUAGCGAUUUGUCUAGUAGUAAGCUAAAAUAGUAAUUCUCAGCAAUCCUGUACUAAAUUCUACAAGAUAUCAAAAAUCUUUUUCUGUUCUAGGUCUUAUCAGUUCUGUUCCCCAUGUAGUUGUCUUUGUUUUUUUUGUUUGCCUCUACUUGCUGGUUGGAGUUUUUCUCCAAGGCUGCUGACAAUGUGUCCUCAAGUUGAAUAAUUUAUUUAUAUAUUUGUAUACCUUUGGAUCAUUUAACCCCUUAAGGACACAUGACAUGUGUGACAUGUCAUGAUUCCCUUUUAUUCCAGAAGUUUGGUCCUUGAGGGGGUUAAAGAUUAAUUUUUUUUAUAAUUCUUUAUUUUUGUUGUGCAUCGAUACAGCAUGAAUAUCACAGUUACAAGAUUUGAAGCCGCAUAAGUUAAUAUCGCGUGCGUGUGCGUGCGUGUGUGCGUGCGUGUGUGCGUGUGUCGGUCAAGAGUACAAACAAGGUAAGCACCAACAGUAAGUAUUUAAUCACAGAGACAUAAAACCAGAUAUUCACAGGUAUCGACUCCGUGACUUAUGCUAAGACUGAGUUGCUGGAGGAUAUGCACAAAUUGUUAGUUGAUAAUAACUAAUAAGAAAAAAAUCAUGUUAAAUCUUAGUAGUGAUGAAUCAGGAUAACAAAAAAAACCCACAGAAACCAUUGGAGCUCCAGGAAGCUUAGAGCCUCGAUACUGCUUAGUAUAGUCCGUUUUAACAGAAGUCUACACUGUAGUUUAGGAAAAAUCCGUAGCCCCAGUAGUUGCUUACAUAGCCAGCCGUUAAUUUCAUAGUUUGUGGCGAAGGUUUGCAGAGGUUAUGCUUGCAUAAACCCCAUAAACUGCAGGAGCCAGCCCAACCCUCACCUAUAGAUCGUUUUUAGGGACACACUAAAAAUUUUGGCUGCCGAAAUUUUCAGCUGAAAAUGGGCCUAUCCCGUUUUGGCCGAAAACGGGUUAAAUUUGUCGAAAAAUAAAAAAAACUAUAUAUUUUUUUAUUUUUGUAGUGCAUAGUUUAACAGACAUGCUUGCAUUAACAAUUUCGAUGAUUACUAUCUUUAAUUGUGAUAUAUAAUGAUAACAUGAAAAGUCAAGAAUACUGCUCUUGGGAUGGGGGGGAGAACACUAUGGGACAGGGGAGGAAAGAAUACUAAAAAAGAGGAACAUUAAGCAGGGGGGACCACUAAAAGAGAAGGGAGAAGGGAAGUUUUUCAUAUUGGAUUAAUUCAAUUCAUUAAAAAGUCUAAUAUUAAAUAAAAUUAUAGGAAAAAAAUUUUUUUUUUAAAUCAUUUAGGGAAAAAGUCAGUUUUGGUUUUCAACCAAAGGCAUCCUGAAUUUUCGGUUUCGGCCCAGAAUUUUCAUUUUGGUGCACCCAUAAUCGUUUUUGCUAUGAUUUACAAAAGACCAAGAUGUAGGAAUAAUUUUUACACAGUUUUUAAAUUAAUUCAGUAGACUCGGUAAAAAAACGGUAAGAGCCCUUUAUGAUUGAAACCCCUACUUCAUAGUGGUUGAUAACCAUAAUGUCUUCUUUCACAAAUUCUGUCCCAAUACUCCGUUUCAGUUUUAGCCCAGCUUUGAACACCUGUAGUCUAACCUUUUAAAAUAAAGCCAUUUACAAGCAUUGACUUCAUAGCAGGCACCAUUUCUCUUAAAACAAACGAAAAAAAAGAUAAAAUCCUGUUGUAUUUUCCGUGAAGCAUAACAAAAUAUAACAAAAAUCUGCUUUGUCACUACGGUAUGCGAACUUUGUAUUCACAACACUCCUUCACAUGUUUCCAUAAAUACCCUGAUGUGUUUGUCCGCAUACUGCUUAGUUGCCAAGUUAUACAUUGUAUACAUGUUAAGUGCUUGUGUAGUGUGCCUAUUAUUACACUAGUUCAACGUGCUUUAACCUCACAAGUUUUUAAAAUCUUUUUGUUGACCAUGGUAUAGGAAUAAAUUUACCUUUUGAUCUAAUCAGAGAGCAUGCUUGGUGCCAUCUUUUAUCGCCUCAUCUGGCGCAAGCAGUUGUACCGCCAUGAUGGGAAUGCUGGCACCUGUUUUAAGCACGUGUGAAGAUCAAAGUUUUACAAGGAAAGAGGAGCGAAAAUAAAUUGCCUACAAACAGAUGUUGCACAGCAGCGUUUCACGUGUUGCUUUCUUUAAAGCAGACCAGGCAAACGAAAUCUACAAACAAUAUAUACCAUCAAAGUAAUGCAGGUUCUUUGCCCAGUUCAAUCUGAACACACUCCAGUAUUGCUCUUUAAAGUGGUACUGCCAUUAUAUACUUAGCAUUAGAAUAACUGCAGCCCAUUGUAGUAGUUAUGGUGCAAGGAGUGCAGUGGCGCACUCCGAGCGUAACCAGUCAACCAGUUUAAGAAUGGUUUGACAUUUUACCUGGGCCACUCUUGAAUUCACUGAGCUUUUCAGAACUAACUAGUUAGUUCACAAAUGUUUGUAAAUGCAGAUUGCAUGGCCAGGUGCAUGAUUUUCUCUGAAAAGUCAGUGUUUACGUAAAAUAGGCUGCAGGGACAAGGUAUAGUCACCAGAACAACUACAUUAAGCUGUAGUGAUCCUGGUGGUGAUAGUGUUUCUUUAAGAAUUUUAUUUUUGUUGUUGAAAAUAAAGCUUCGUAAGUUUAAAAAAAAAAAAAACUGGCUCCUAGAUUUAAAGCUAAUUUGUCAAGUCCUGGGCUAUAGUGUCCCUUUAACAAUUGCAAUGUUUCUUGAACAUUGACCUCAAUAAAAGUAGCUAAAACAACAAAAUGAAGCACUGACAUGGAUGGCGAGCUAUUUUUGGGACAGUUCUAAAAUGCUUCAUAAUUCUCUUCCUUACAUUCUGAUGACAUGGGCAUGUUAUUACCCUAUUAAAUGCUGCCUCUGCUUGUAGCAUGCAUUACGCUAUCCUUGUAUGUUCUCUAAAAUCUUCUACAUACAGUGCAAAAUGGCGGAGUGUCAAACUUGACUUUGCCAGGAUCUUUCCAAAGUCAUUAGGAAUAACUUCAAGCAAAUGGACGUGUAAAAUUACAUUCUAACCUGGACUUCCAAUGUCCUCAUCUACAUAGGGUGCAGUAUGUUUGAUAUUUUGGUUCCUAAGCGGUACUGUUUAGUUCUAUGCCAAGACAGAGUCCACUUCACUGUCCCAUCCUUAGUCAACGUUCUGAUAUGCCUACUUGCUAAUGCUUAGCUUAUCUUCUGUCACACUCCAACCUUCAGCUAGAAUAGAAUUGCGUUGUAACAUGACACUGGGCUUAUUUAUAUUUCCAAUUGCUAGGCCUCAAAUGUGUUGUAAGCAUCCAGGGGCCCUACAAAAACCAUGGUCACCCUGUAUACAGGGUGUUGGCUCAUAGUGGGAUGAGCAGCCCUGUUUCAGGUCAACAUGUUCCGAUACUUUUCAUUUCCUAGAAUAACUUCUCGCCAUUCUGUGUAACAUUGUCAGCAAGUAUCCACAGCUUGCAUAUUUAUGUUUCCAACAACUUGGAAAAAUGACACACCCCACAAAAGUGUGUUUUUAAUUAUAAGCGAAUGUAAUCGUACACAAAGUGAGGUCAACUCUUUGAACUGAAUACACUAUGCAAAGCCUACAAUUGUGAUCCAGAAAUAAGUGGUUGGUUAACCUGACUGGAGUAAUUAAAUAAAUUAUACGGAAUAGCGUUACCAGAUUUAGAACUGCUGACAGGGUUCUGUGGUACAGGUAUUUUAUAAAACAUUUUCCGAUUGUUUUGGGUAAUUGGUGCUGUCUGUAUUUGUAAUUCAGACGUCAAUCAGAAUUAAAAUGCAGAAAUGUGAAACCUAAUAGAAUCUACAAAUUCUUCUGUCAGAUUGGAGUACAGACGAAAGCAUUGAAGGCUGCAUUCUGGAGAAGGCAAUCGAAUAAAUCAGUGGGCAACUUGAGUCUAAAAAUUGAGUAGCUUUUAGGGAUGUUAAAAUAAGACUAUGAAUAGAUUUGUGUAUGUAUAUACAUAUUAAUGUUAGUCCAAUAAUAAGGUAACGUUGCAUCUUGUCUACUGGACUAAUACGGCUAAUCCAAUCUACACUAUUUUUUAUAAUUUUUAUAUAAACUAAUUUUUUAUAUAUAUAUAUAUAUAUAUAAUUUAUUUAUAUAUUUUCACGCCGAUGCUCAACAACUAAGAUCCUGGAAGAAUGGAAACUGCCUCACUUGUCCUGGCUCGGUCGUAAUAAAAAUGAAUAGACAUGUGUAAUUAGUUUCGGGCCGAAUAUGAAUUCGGACGAAUUUUGGGCAAUUCCGAAUGUCCGAAGUGUCGGAGUGCCGAAGUUCGGAAGAAGAGUAUUGCCUAAGUACUAAUUUACUUACUCAGUGGAAGAAGAAGGUUACACUGUAUACAAUUUUAAAUAAAAAGUAUACAAACGUAGCCAGGAUUCAGCUGUGUAAGCAUUUGCAACAGUUACAACAAUCAAGUAACACACAUUCAUAUAAAAUGUAAGUUACUUGGACAGUCAAUGUAAUGACAGAAAUGAAUAAGUAGAUAACUCCAUAAUUCCCACGGUCUUUCAGACAAAUUUUACUAAUACUAAGUAAAGAUUACUUAGUAUUAGUAAAUGAUGCCGCUCCUCGCUAUACCGCGAGUAGUGGCAUGUCUAUUAACCAGUGAGCAGCCUGUGGCUGCUAACUGUAAAAAACAAACAAAAAAACACGUCCCUCUCCCCUCUUAAACUGAAGGGGGACCUAUUGCCCCCCCCACCCCUGAACGGUAGGUGGGGGCCCUAAAGUAAAAUAAGGGGGGUCCUAUUGUCCUGUUCCUGACCCCCACCCAUGAGCGGUGGAUGGGGGCCCUAAAGUAAAGUAAUGAGGGUGGACCUAAUGUAUAUACAAUUUAGGUCCUCCCCCCUCAUUCUAUUUUAGGGCCUCCACACCUGAGCGGUGGGUGGGGGCCCUAAAUUAGAAUGAGGGGGAGGACCUAAUGUCCUCCGGGGUGGGGGUGGGGGCGGGGGCCUAAUGUCCUCCCCCUGCCCCCCACCCCUUGGGCCUAGUCAUGCUGGUGUUGAAUUUGCCUUCAAUUUGGUUGUUGCCUAUGUGUGUGGGCUUAAUAGCACCUUUUGAAGCUGCGUUUACAUGCGGCUGCUCCGGUCCUCCGUCAGGCCACGCCCCCCUGUUUCAUUUUAUUUUCAUGAAUGAGUACUUUUGACAGGUGAACUCUAAUUCCUGUUGUUGUCGAGCCUGGACAUGACUGAGUUAAUUUUAUGAUUAGCUAGAUUUAUUGAAGACUAAGCAAUAUUGACAACAUUAAAGACUUGCAAAUGAACAUGACUGCUAUAGUGAUACAUAGAGUUUAUAGUUAUGGCAAUAUACAAAGGGUGUGGAUCUUCUCCACAUCAAAUCUACCUAUAUGCUUAAGAAUUUGAAGUUUUAGAUUUGGCAAGAUCUAUUCCUUGGCAGAAAAGGUUAAACACAAUCUUGUGCAAUCUUUAAUGAUCCCCUCCCUCACUCUCCCAAUAAUCUCCGAUAUAUGUGAGGAAUCCAGAAACCAUUCUUAGGUAGACAUUAGGUAAAGUGCAAUUUUAUAUUCACAAUUCCAUAAAGCUCUGAAAUAUCAACCAGUUCUUAGUCUUUGCAGAUAUGCAGCAAACCGCACACAUUAAGAGUGCUCUCCAUAAUGUUCACUAUAUACAAAAUGUGUAUAUAUUAUAUAUGUUGUGGGGAGGUUAACCAGUCUUUAUAUUACCCAUGUCUCAUACCUGCAGACUGCAGCCAUUUUGGACAAAACAAUAAUGCGAUAGAUGCAUGUGUGUUUUUGACUUUGCCAGGACUUUUAAAAUAAAAAAUUCUGCUCUGGACAUUCAUAUGUUAAAGCCCAAUAAGUGCAAACAUACAAUCUCCAUUACCGUGGGUGAGUGUGUGUGUGUUUAUUAUAACUGUAACUGUGGAAAGUUGUGACUAGCAAAAACUAGUAAAACAUUUUUGUUGAAAUAAUGUUAAGAUGGAAAAUGGAUUAUAAAUAUACUAGAUAUAUGGGUUGUGCUUCCUCUCUACCAUAGUCUAUUGUUCUUCAUUUCUAUAUUAAAGUUGGCCAUAAAUAAACUGUUCCUUUGAGCACUAGUUCUGUCUAACAAUUCCAUAGCUGAUAAGAAGACAGUGUUUGUGUGAUAUGCAUAAAUUGAUCUGUGAGCUAUUUUGUUUGACUCUCUCAAAUGCCCUAAAAUGCUAUUUUGGCAAUUGUUCACCACACAGCACUGUAUCACAGGUGAAGAUGGACAAGGUAGGAAAUGUAUGUCAAUCUGCGCUUAGCAAAUUAAAUUAUAUAUGGAGCUAAUUAGGACCCUUAUAGGGGCCCAAACUGGCUAAAUCCGUAACCAGGUUGUUCAGCGGUUUGCAUACCUUACACGUCCAGAAACCAGGUUUAUGAUGUGUCUGCAUGUGUAGGGAUGUCAAAAAAAGGUAGAGAAGUUAGGGCAAUUUUCUCAGAAUUUGCUGUUAAACUUUCCAAGAAAAUAAUUCUGGUCUAUUUGUAUCAGUCCAGAAGCAGCUCACUCAAUGCAUCAAACUAUUGAGCAAGAUUGUAACAGAAUAUCCCCCAAAUCACAUGAUAUUGGACCCAUCUGAAAUUAUAUGAAUUAAAAUAAAAAAAUUAAAAAAAUAAAAAGCCAGGCAUAGAUUUCCGUUCUGAAACAUCCCCCCAAUUAAAGAAAUAAUAAAAAUAAACUAAAUUUAAGAAGAGGAACACUAGAUUGCAUAUUAUUCAGAGGGUAUCUUGGACAUAUUCACCCAAUUUCUCCACACUCUGGGGGCAGUAUUAAAGGGGCACUGUAGGCACCCAGACCACUUCAGCUAAUUGAAGGGGUCUGGGUGCAAUGUCCCGUAUCACUUAACCCUAGAGUGGAAACUGCAAUAAUUACCUUGCAGGGUUAAGUCCUCCUCUAGUUUUUUGUUUGUCUAAACGAGUUUUUUGAUUUUUGGUUGUCUAAACGACACAGGACGUCCUCACGGUCUGCAUGAGGACUUCCAUCGUCACUGGAAUCCCCAUAGGAAAGCAUUGAAUAAUGGUUUCCUAUGGGGAAAUCCUAAUGCGAAUGCAGCCAUUGCCGCGCAUGCAUGUUAGGUCUCCCCACCUGGCGGAGUAGCGUGGGCGGAGCAUGACCCAGCCGCUGACCGAAGGGGUUUUAAUCCAUGUGGGAAGGGGGGCGUGAGCGAGGGGGGGCACUGUAGGAUUCUAUAGUGCCAGGAAAACUGCUUUGUUUUCCUGACACUAGAGUCCCUUUAAUAAAACGUAUCUGUAUGGUGGUUUAUCUGGAAAUAGGAACUCUUAAUACAUUUUUAGGUAAUUUUUAUUGAUGUUGAUUGACAAUGUUAUUCACUAAAAGUUGAAAUUGUUGGGAAUUUAAAGUUAAUUUGAAAUUUAAGGUCAAAAUAAUCAAAAAUUCCUCUUAUCCGCUAUAAUACUAGUUUUGCUAUUUUUGCCUUGAGCUUGAAAUCCACUUUCAAUUCCUGAGCAUUCUCAUUUUACUCCAUAGCGUAGCAAAGAGGCACUCCAGGGUAGGAGAGAACAAAGUUGGUCCCUACUUGAUAAGUUCAGUGCACCGAUUAAAAUAACUUGUUUCACUGACUUCGGAGCGGGUGAACUAAACCAACCCUGAUCGUACACGAGGCGUCUGCAGCGUGAAGUUGAUUUAAAUGAAUUCCUGCCAUGCUAGUGAUCGAGUCAGCUGACGCCGCUUUACAUGACAUAAGAUGCAGGGAACAUACAUUAUUAAUGCACUUUCCUGAGAUUAAGUUUCUCUACCAUUAUUUAGCUGUCAAUUCUGCUUUGUGACGUUGCCUUUCCGUGAUGUUUGUGUUUGGUUUUUUUUCCUCUUUAUCAUUUGGAGGAAAUUAAAUAUUGCUAAUCAAGGGAUUUCUAAAGGAAAUAGGGUGCAUUGUUAUCCAAAUUUUCAUUGAGGGAAGGAAAAAUAGGUUAGGCCUCUUUGUGGAUUUUUGUUUUUUAAUAAAUUAGUGCAUUUAUUCAGUAAACUCUUAGCUGUAGUGAAUUGGAAUAAUAAUGUUAAAAUAUAGCUGGCAAAUAUGGCUCUGUUAUAGCACCUUGGCUAAUAUAUUUUAAAGGGUUACUCCAAACCCCAUAAAAACUUUAGUGAUUUGAAGUAGUGGUGGUGCCUGGAGUCUGUGCAGCGUUUUACUAUGAAACAAACCAGUGUGCGAGGGCAACCCAUUGCAAAACUUGCUUGCCCCAUUACCAGGUAACUGGGCCAUAGUAUCAUAACCACUACAGCAGGCUUUAUUAGUUAUGAUGCUGUGAGUAAUAACCCUUGUUAGGCAUUUGGAUUUCAGUUUGCUACAGUUCCAAAUACCUUAUCUUGUAAGGUUACCCCCCCAAAAAAUCCACCCAGCAUAAGUUGCUGUUAUCUAACCUACCACAAUACCAAACAUGGAUGGGAGCCUUGAUUAACUAUUUAAGGAAACAAUUAAGCUGAUGUUAAUUUUUUUUCUAAUUUAACGUUUUUGAGGGAGAUUUAUUAAAGGAAUAAUAUAGGGUCAUGAAUACAAACCUGUAUUCCUGACCCUAUAGUGUUAAAAACACAUGUAAGGCUCCCUUGCCCUCAUAAAAGAAGUGAACAACUUACCUUUUUUUGCUAGCGCUGGCUCCUCCCCCGAUCCACCUCCGUGGCUAACAUCAACAAAAUUGAUGAUCUUAACCAGUCACAAUGCUUUGCUAUAGGAAAGCAUUGGAUUUAAUGAGAUCGUCAAUUCUGAUGAUCUCAGCCAAGGAGGCUGGGCUGGGGCCAAACACCGCCCUAGCCAAUCAGCAUCUCCUCAUAGAGAUGCAUUAAUUCAUUGCAUUUCUAUGGGGAGCAUUCCGCGUCUCCAUGCAGAGUGUGAGGACGCUGAUUGGCAGUGCUGCAUGCUGUGAAGCACUGACCCAGAAAGCACUUCUCGACCGGAGGUGUCCCUAGGCUGAAAAGGCAAUGUUUACAUUCAAAGCCUGCAGAGACUGACUAUACUGUUCUUUUGGUUUGCAUGGUGAUGGCUCCUUAUUAAGCACUUUACCACAAAAUAGCACCUAUUUUUUUCCCUUGAUAAAUAACCUUUAUAAUUAAUAAAUAACAUAUAUAUUGCUCGCAUUAUAUGGUCACGAAUGCCUAUAUGUCUUAAACAUGUAAGACAAGUUCUACAUAUAUGGACUCACAGCAAAGAGGCAUGGUGCAAUAAUGCUGUAAACAUGUCCCCAUUAGACAAUGUGUGAAGAUGGACAAUGUGUGAAGAUGGUUCAUGUGGGGAGGUAGCAGAGUUCUGACCACUGGUUUAGAUCCCCACUAGAUCAGAAAAACCGGAUGCUGUGUUGUAUACAGAUGCAUGAAUUUUACAUGUCUAUUGUUUCGAUCUGUUUUGUUACUGGUAUGUCUCAUUAUUUUUUUGUAUUGUAUUUAUUUCUGAAAAUGGGCUACCAAGUGCCAACACGUUAGCUUCUCUACUGACCGCUCAUUAUGACCGCUCGUUAUGGCCUCCCAUCUUGCUCCUUCUUUAGUGUUCUAAAAUCUGAUAAAGCGGCUCACCAACGGCUUCCAGCCCAUACACCAAUCUUUGUCUAUUUGUCAAGCAACUGCUACAUAUUUUGUUACUUACUUCUAUUUGAUCAGAUGUGUAUAUGUGAAAGCUGUCUCACAAGUGUCUUGAAUUUGUAAUGCUUGUAAUCUUUUUAGAGACCAUUUUCGUUUGACAGGUGCACUUAAAAAGCCUUAGGUUCACUACCUUUUCAUUAGAAACAGGAAGAGUGUUUGUAUUUAUUUAAUACUCGCCUCCUCCUUUGGGAGUUCAUUUAAGGUCUGUCUCUACUAAUCGUUCUAUAGUUUCUUUGUCUCUGAAUAUAGUACAUUUACCCUAACCUUGUUUGAAUGGCAUUGAUUCUGUCAUAUCUGUCUCCAGUGGAAUGCAAAAUGUACUGUAAUCCGUAUUACCUGAUUUGUGUACCUUAAUUGUGGAAAUGUUCAACGCCCCCUAUACCUCCUCAGAGCUCUUUUUAAAUGCUCCUUGCCAUUUUGUUCUGUAGCGCAACGAGUUACCAACUUCUUUAGAAUCUAGGUGACCCAGCCAAAUGUUUUGCUAGUACAUGCAGACAUUUAGACUUUCUAUCUCCCGUUUUAAGUCACUCUUGCAUACCAUGCAAUCCACACGCACAAUCAUAUUAAAUACAUUAGUCACUCUCAUGCAUACAUCAAACUAGACUGUUUCACGGGCAGUGAAAUUCAACAGAAGAAAUAGAGAGUGGCUGGAGAUGCUGGACUUAACAUAACAGAGAGACAAAGUCAAUAAACAAGCCAAGCUCAGCAAUUCAGAUAGGCUGACAUCGAUUAAACAAGCCGGAUCAGGAUAAUGAAGCUAUUAAAAAUUCCUAUAAACAAGCCGAGGUCAAAAUCCGGAAACGAGGUCGCCUGGGUGACUCGAGCAGUUCCGAACCAAAGAUGAAGUUUUGAACGUUCAGCACUUAAAGACACGCCAUUUGAGCGGGCUGCGUCUGAAUUGCUAUGUGGAAUUAGAAAGGUGCAUUAGUCACGCAGGACCGGUGAAGAAGCCCGCAUUUGCGUUGAUAAUUGGGGAUAAGUAUCCAGACAUACGCAUAUAGUCACAUAGACACAGGCACACACAACUAGAAAGUCACUCACAUACAUUGACAUGCAUAACUAGCCAAUCCUCAACCUGCACUCCUAUACAUAGAUAAAAAAAAAACACACAAAUAUUUGAUAAGGUGGGAGAGAAAAUGGGAGUUCACUCAGUUUAUCCUUGGUGUGUGUAAUGGAAUGCAGGUGGUCUCUGCCUCUCUGACUUUGCAGAGACCGCUUUUCCACUACCCUUGGAUACCCAGUUGCUGUGUACAGAUUGUGCAAUGGGAGGAUGUGGAGUUCAACACUUCUUGUUGCUGUAUUGGUGAGGACGCCUCUAAGGAAUUCAAGGGGAGAUGGGAAAGUUGUUAAAGUAUUGUGACAUAAACUGCUCACUAUAAAGAUAACAGAUCCUUAGACAAGUAAGCUAUGUUUCUUACAGAUAUCUAAUGCUCAAUAUACUGUUUUGUUCUUAAUAUUCAUUUACUUGCUCUGUUUGUUUCAGUCUGUGCACUCUUGACUGUAUAUAGAGUUAUUACCAAAGAUGUUUGAGCAGGUGUGUUCGCCCUGUCACCUCACCUGACCUCAGUCACCUUUACCUGUACAUUGUACAUAUCCUGCAGAUGUUCCCUGUAAACCAGGAACUAGCCAGUAACAAACCGGCUCCUUCUGGCAACAGUGAGGGCCUACUUUGCUGAUAGAGCUCCGGGGCACAAAAUAAAAAUAACCUAAAAAACCCACAACACCUGCAGCAACAUUGGAAAGCACACCAUGUCUGAAAUUCCACCUGUUAUACUGGCACCUGGGGGGAAUUACUUAUUCCUAUUUUAGUUUCUCUGGUCUUGAGCUUGAAAAUAACCAGCGGAUCUUGUCAGCGACUAUUAUUAAAUUAUGUAGAUCUGGCAAAGGAACUGAAAACUUUAAAGGGACACUCUGCUCAAAUUAAAAAAAAUAUUUGGUAGGUAUACCUGUAGUGCAAACAUGCAUGAAUUUAUUUAUGUAUAUAUUCAUUGUGGUAUAUCUAAAUUGGCUUUCUCUUUCUUUUGUCUGCUGCCCUUGCAAGUCCACCCUUUCUAACCCCGCCCAGACUUUCUGUGGCUGUCCAAUCACAGACUUCCCAAUGCAGCUCAAUGAGAAGUCUUUGCAAGGCAGAUGCUCUGAGCAAUUGCCUGACUCUUGAAUUUAGAUCUAAACAACCAGGAAGUAAAAGGACCAGUUGUCUGACAGCCAGGGGGGUAUAACACACUCUUCACACAUAAAGACACUUCAUCAAGCUAAUGUGCUUUAGGGGUCUCGCAAUUCUCUUCACAGCUAAACCCUACUAGUAUUUUUCAUUGUUAAUGUGAGAGAAAGUUACAAGCCAACAAUUCCUUUUAAUCUGAUUGUCUGAUAAGUGUGGACAUAACAAAAGCGUUCCCUCCAAAGUAUUUUAAAACAGACGUGUCUCUUUGCAAUUAAUCCCAACCUCUGUCUCACAGGUGAUUACGUAUGUUUCUUAACCAGUCAUCCUCUGCAGUUGGUGUUAAACAGUGUUCAUACACUGCUACUGCAGUAAGAAAUAUCCUCCACUGGGAUAUAUACCCAUUAUUGACAUCAGAUAAUAUCAGAAACUCACUGUGGUAAUAGUGAUUUUUGAUGAUCGGGACAGCUUACAUGGCUUAAAAGAACACUGUAAGGUCAGGAAAACCAACAUGUAUAAUCCUGACCAUGUAGUGUUGGUUGCCCCCCUUAAAUAAGUAAAAACUAUCUAGCAUUAAAGGACCACUAUAGUCACCCAGAUCACUUCAGCUCAAGUCCCCCAGGUUUUAACCCUGCAGCUGUAAACAUAGCAGUUUCAGAGAAACUACUAUAUUUACAUUGCAGGGUUAAUCCAGCCUCUAGUGGCUGUCUUCCUGACAGCCACUAGAGGCGCUUCUGCGACGCUCGAUGCGAAAAACACAUUGAGCACGCAGAACGUCCAUAGGAAAGCAUUAAGAAAUGCUUUCCUAUGGGCGUUUUUAAUGCGCACGGCUCUGGCCGUGCAUGUGCAUUCGGCUCCACUCGGGAGCUGACGUCGGAGGGGGAGGAGAGGCGCUGGAUAAACCCCUACAGCCCAGUGGGAGGGGGCCCUGAGGGUGGGGGGGACCUAAGGAUUAUAUUGUGUCAGGAAAACGAGUUUGUUUUCCUGACACUAUAGUGAUCCUUUAAGCUGUAGUUCUGGUGACUAUAGUGUCCUUUUAACACUAUAGCACAGUCUCUCACUGACUGGUGUAAAAUCUUAAAACAUGCCAUUUUAGCACCAUAAAAAGCAAAUGUUUAAAAAGGUUUAUUAGCAAAAUGGUUUUAUAUCUUAAUAUUAAGGUAUUCGCACAGAGCUGAUAAUGCUGGACUGCAGCUGUGGACGGUAUUAAUGGACUCCCCAGCAAUCAUUGAUGGCUGUUAAGAAAGUGGCAUUUACGGUAGUGAAAUGUUGUUGGAGAUACUGGAGCGAUUUAUUUAUUUAUUUAUUUUUUUCAUGAAGUUUUUUUUUAUGUUAUCUAGGUAGAAAAUCCCAUACCUGUUCUGUAUAAAACGGAAUCUCACACAGCGGGCUUUUUGAUUGGUUAAUAGUCCAGCCGUAUCCUGUGAUAUAAUUAGAAGCAGUGUUUAUUUUUAGAGAGGAGUAUUGAAAUAUUGUUACUGAAAACAUUACUUGCUCUUGUUUCUUGGACGUACUGGCCCUACUUAGGAAACCCUAGCUAGUGAGUACCCAAAACAAAAAUACAAGUGUACCUUUAGGAUUUAUGGAAUCUUUGCUUACUUUCCUGGAAUAGUUUUGUGAUCUGUGCUAUAGUGUCACUUUAAUCCUCCCUUUUCUCUUGCGAUCUGUCUCACCCUCGUAAUAUAUAGGAAUCUGUUAGGAUUGUAACAUUCAGGGUCAGAAAGACAUUCACAAGAUUUGUGAGAAUACGAUCACUUGUUCUAUAAAUGAACAUCUUUGGCCCCAUUGACUAUUUAGUCUUUUCAUGCUAUACCCAUAACCGUCUGGUUCAGGCUGGAAUGUUCAAAGACACAAAGUGUGUAUGUGCAUAUAUACACAAACAAACAAGAUCCAGCGCACUCAUUAAAUACCAACUUAAAGUUUUGUUGUUUUCUCAAUUAGUUUUUUGUUUUUUUUUCAAACACCUGCCCUGAGUUGUGGAAUGGGGGUUUAAUUACAGUAUAUUGUCAUACAUUGCACAAGCUUGCCAAAAUGCCAAUGUACCGUAUUUUUGGCAGGUCCUAUUCUAGAAAAUGAAUGCCUCCUGUUGUGAGAUUAGCCAAUUUACUUGGGAAAUUCUUCCUCCUGGGGAGGAUGCAUGUACCGCAUGUGCGUAUGUAGUGGGUAUAUGGGGGUAUGAUGGCAGGAGGUGUAGUGGGUAUAUAGGGGAUAUAAUGGCAGGGGGUGUAGUGGGUAUAUAGGGGAUAUAAUGGCAGGGGGCUUAGUGGGUAUAUAGGUGGUAUGAUGGCAGGGGAUGUAGUGGGUAUAUAGGGGUAUGAUUGCUGCUUUAUUAAUUUAAUCAUUAAAAUAUAUCCACCAAGCCGUUAGUAACAGUUGCAUGCAGGAUGUAGAUUCUAAAAAGAUCUAUGAGAGUACUGCCAUGAUGACCAUCUCAUAUGAACAUCUGAGCUAUAUUCUGCUUCUGUAAGCAAUGUUGUCAUUUCUUCAAGAUAUCAACUGCUUUUUCAAAUUCAUUACAAGAAUAAAACCAUCUGUAUGAAUUUGAAAGAAUCUGUGAAUUUUAUGAUCUGCAACAUUGGUCACAAACUAAGGGCAGGCUGGAAAAAUUACGGAAUCUCCCCAGUUGGCCCAAUAAAUCAUAUUGGUUUAUAAGCCGACCAGCCACAGUUUUCUCCUAAUUCUGCUGUUGAAACCUUUUAUAGCUAUCGUUUGUGGACGAUGUGCAUGCCAUAUUGUUUCAUUCCAGGGACUCUGACUCCAUCCACUGCACAGUUUCAAGUGUAUUUGAAGGGGAAUACUCCCAUAAUAUUACAAAGUUUAACACUGCCAGCUUCAGCUAAUUUCUGAUUUGCAAAUAUGAUAUGGAAGAAACGGCAGUUAGCAGUAAGGUACCAAGGUAGCAAUAUACCAAAUCGAGUAUAUAAGUCUAUAUGUGGACCAGUAAACCCAAUACAGUAAGCACCUCUCUCUAUGCAUAUUUUUAUAUGUAAAAUAGGAGUUGGUUCAAAUAAAUAACAUAAUUGGCUAUGAUUACACAAUAAAAAUUCUUAUCAUCGAUCCCCUAAAUACAAUAACUAAAUUACUUAUAGCUAGUGUCCAUAAAUAUAUAUGUCCAUUUAAUUUAUAUUUAGAAUGCCAUGCAGCUUGUCCUCGACUCUCCAGACAACUGUUUAGUAGACAAUAUAUCUGAAACCGAAGCACAAAGGGGCUUUCGUGGGAUAGGAGGGUUAUUAAAUAAAAAAACAAGAUAAAGGAGUCAAGACAAGGGUACUUACAAAGUGCCAAUACCCCUACCUGUACUGUACUUCAAGAUGCAGAGAGUCACAGGGCAGUCUGUCUGGGCUCAGCUCUGUCUUGCAAAACAUUCUGCUGAUCUGGCAAGAUGCCACCGCUACGCUGUGCACUGUAGCCGACCGCCGUGCAUGUUGCUCCUUACAUCCAGCUCAUGUUGAUGCUGCUCACAUCCGGUGGAGAAUUGGCUGCGGCAUGCUGUGGGGCCGUGACAGGAUGGCUUGUGGAUAGGUGCAGCCAUGGCUCAAAGCGGCCCCAGGGCAGGGGCCUACUGGGAAAUUUCCCGGUAUCCCGGUUGGCCAGUCCGGCCCUGACCGGCACCCAGUCCGAGGCUACCUCAUUGAAGGCUCAGACAUAGAUGAAAGAGUUCUAUCUACUGAACUUUGUCGUUAAACUCUUCAUUAAUUGAGGACAGCACCCAGGACCUCUAGGCACCAUAACAACAUCAUUGAAAUGUUGUUGGUAUGGUGCCCAAAGUUUUGCUUGAAGUUAAUGCAACAGUGCUAAUCUUAUCACACACAUUUCUAUACUGCUUGAAUUAUGAGGACUCCUGCUUUAGUUUUAUUUCUACAACCUUAAAUCUUUGCUGUGAAUCUUGUCUAGGUGUAUUUGUGGAGUAAACACACUUCAGGCUGAGAGUAAGGGGAAGUAAGGGAUACUUUACUUUUUUGCAUACAGUGAAGGAUCGAUGUAAUAAUGACUAAAGCCUUUUCUGAACAAUCUCCUCCUGGUGCCAUUGUGAUUUUUAUUCCUACGCAGGAAAUAGCCCAGGAGACCACAAUGAAAUCUGACCUAGCUAUUACAUUUAUUUUUCAGAUAAAACCCAUCAUUUUCAAAUAUUUUCCAUAGUGGGCACUCAUCCCUGCUAAUGCAUCUAGCAUUUCCUUCUAAUGUCUUCUCAUCGUCCCUUUCACCACCUUGCAAUUCAAACUGUCAGAUUAAAAAUAUGUAUAUAGCACCACCAUAUUGUGCAGCGCUGUACAGAGCAAAUAAAAAAUAGCAUGUACUUAAAGAGGCGGGGAAACCUUUACCCAAAAGAUUCCAAUUUGGGCAUAUAGUCUAUUAGUCAAUCGAUUUACAGAUGUGCAGUCUCUCUGUAGCGUAUGUGUGUUUACAAAAAUGUAAAAUAAGGUCAAACAGAUUCUUUGAACAAAUUUACCAAAUCAGAUUCCAUUUUAGUUUUAUCCAAAACGUUGCUGUCCUGCUGUAAGAGAUUUAUAAUAUUUGUAUUCACUCAAAAAUUUCUAAACAUUCGAUCUGCUUUUCCAGAAACAGGAAAGCGUUAUCCUGCAAAAUGUUAUCCCUCCUAUGUUUAGGCCUCUGUUCAGACGCAGGGAGAUUGAUUUUGGCGUUUGGCCCUGUUCCAUUUCAUUGUGAUACACUGUAUUCCUGUUACAUGUUCUGUUUAUUAACUGGGCUAUUGUUUAACUGGAAUACUGGAGAUCUUAUUAUUUUUAAUUUUUUUUAUUGGGCUGCAGGUUUGUUUUUGUUUUAUUCCCCGUCCCUCAUUAAAGGCUUCAUGCGGCCCCUGAGUGAUAAGAUGUUUUAGGCCCUUGUGUGCUAAUAUUUUCCAUCUUAAGUCGAGCUGGGGCCUCAAGUGCAAGAGCUGUGCUGUGUGAGUGCUGAAUGGAAUUAAUAGGAGCGGAAAAUAUGUAGCAACAGGUCUUGAUAAAGCAACUGCUAUGCAAACCUCAGCUGUUUUUCCAUCCUCCAUAGGAGGAGAGACAGAGAGAGAGAGAGAGAAACAGGCCAAGUGAAUUAGCAUAGGGAAAGUGACUAAGGCUGACAUCACCCAUUUCAGCUCAUGGCUGCUGGACUUUGUUUAGGAAUUCGCAGCCCCAUAGGAGGGGAUACGAAAACUUUCAGUGGGAGGGAUCAUUUGUGUCAGUUCCUUUAUAAACACAGUUUACAGUAAGCCUGGCUGCAUUCAUCUGAACAGCCCUGGAUCUUAAACCGUCCGCUUAGAAUCUGCUCUGUGUCUGUGACUGAGCCAACCUGGGCCUUCAAAAAGCACAGUGCCCCCCAAAAAUUACAAAUAAAAUAAUGCAUUUUAGGACAUUUAACUACAGCUUUGCCUCACUGGUGGCCUGUGGGGCUGAAUGUGAUGUCUUCUACCAAAGUGAAGCCAGGGUAAGCAUACUUUUUUUUUUUUCUUCUAUAAAAUGUAUUGUAUUUUUUAUUUUGGUGGUGGUGUGGGGGGAGGGGGUAGAGUUUUUAGGAUAAAUACAGAAUUAAAAAAAAGAUUUUUUAAUCUAAUGUCCCCAUCCUUUAAUGCCUUAAGGAUCAGCAUUUAGGAAAUCUCUUUGUAUCCUAAGAUACAAGGGUUUCGUCAGCUCCUAAUUAACAGGGUUAGUUUAAAAUCGUUAUAUGGUGGCCUGUCUGUCAACUAAGGGGUUAAUAUUUUCUAAGCUCCCCAUCAUUCAUUGAUACGGUCAUUAUUUCACUAAUUGGCUUUAGGCCUGAUUUUGCUACAUGUCAUAUGUUUUAGGAGAGUUUUUAUAUUUUAUUUAUAACUGGUUUAAGGCACUAUGUAUUUAAUUUGCACAAUAUGUAGCAAAUCAUGGUAUAAUACAGGGGUCUUUAGAAUACUCUGGUGUCAUAUUCAUUUUAAGUUUGUGGAUUAACCAAUAUACAGCCUGAUAUUUUUUAAAAUGCAGUUUUUAAUCAAUGUAACCGAAACAGUAAUUCUAGAGGUAUUUAAACUUUAUAUUUCAUUUCACGCUGGGUUGAAUCCUAUAAGCAGUAUUCAUAUUUUCCAAGCUGUUUUAGGAUAUACUGAAUGUAUUGGCACCGGUGGCUAAAUUAAAGAAUUUUGAGAGCUAAACUGAUCCGUAAUGAAGAUAUUCUGUGCUUUUGUUUUUUUUAGCCAAUAGAUUGUGUUGUUACUAUUAACUAGUGCUACCAUGGGUUUUAAGAGUGAUUGUCAGAGGAAACAGCUGAUAAUACAUAUGUUUUAGCUAGGGAGGCAGAGAGUGAGGUAUAAAUAGAUCUGUAUAUAUAUUGUGUCCGGAUCAUGGUUGGUUGGAAAUUUUUGGCAUAUUGGCUAUUUGAGCCUAAAGCACUCAUCACCCUGAUGGGAAUUGUAGUCCAAAAAUGCUUUGAGAGUAUUUGAUUGCCUAACCUUUAUCUGUAAUGUAUGUUCACAUGUACACUAUAUUUCCAACCGAGCCUUUCUAUAGUAUAGUGUUGAAUAUUAAUUUAUUUAUGAAGCACCAACAUAUACCACAGUGCAGCAAUUUCUCUUUUUUGACAUGACUGCAGUUAUUAUGCAUACCUGUACUGUAAACCAGUUCUUCUCAACCUUUUACAGAGACAUGCCCCUGCCUCGAGAAAGUAAUUUCUAUUGAUUUUAAAUUCCAAAUGAACGUGUAGACAUUGAUAUUUAGGUUAAUCCCAUAUUGGGGAACAAGCCUGAUUAAAGGUAGUAAAGAAUAAUUUUAAUGAUGUGUAUGUUAAGAGAACUAUUAAUUUGAAGAAUUAAAUAAAAUAUAAUGCAUUAUAGUUAUGCACAGAGGGCACUGACACAAAUUUAAACACAGAGGGCACUGACGCGCACACACACAGAAGACAGUCACACGCAUAUAAACACAAAGUAAAAUGACACACAGAUUUACACACAGAGGACACUGAAAAACACACACAGAGGACACUGACAAACUCUCACUGAUUUGAUACACACAGUCACUGACACACACUCACAAAUGAUAAUCCUUUGCCUGGGUCCAUCCUUUCCCUGGGGUCUAGUGUGGCUGCUGUCAUGGUCUUCUUGCUUUGCUUCUUCGCGCUGUUCAGUGAUGCCGGGGACGGAGUGACGUCAUAACCCGGCUCUUGGCAUCACCACAGGGAACAAGCACAGAGAUUAGAGCCCCCUCGCUCCCUGGCUACAGCCUCCCCCCAGACACUGUAUUUGGGCAGAGAAGGCACCCGCCGUCUGGGUAAGCAGGGUGCCAACUCUGCUUGGUGCACAGCCAGCCGCCAUGUUUGCAAAAUACUGAAAAUACUAAAAGGAGAGGAAGUAAUAUGCAUACAUAACAUUUAUAUUGUGCACACAUGCCCCCUUCUGGGUAACGUAGAGAAUACAUAUACAGAGAGUAAGGGCACAAUCAUAAAUCCAGCCAUUUAAUUUUACAUUUUAUUUGUUUCUAGAAAAAUUACCGUUGACAAAAUUGUCAUGUUUUAGUGAUGCUUUCUUCUCUUUUUUGUAUUUAUUUUUUUAUUACAAUUAUUUCGGAACAGUCGGAUUUAUUCACUAAGCAGCGAAAUUGGAAGCCAAAUUGGCAAAUGCGAUAAAAGAACUUGGUUGGAGAAAUAGGUAGACUUUAUCCAGCUCAGAUGUUAUGAACUUAAUUUAGCAAUUUGCCUUCAAAUUCAUCAUAAUUCAUUGUUUAAUAAUCUUCCUGUGUAUAAAUAAGAUUGCAAUGCGUAUCUUCGUUUUAAUUAUCUAAAUUCUGAAAAGACCAACCUAAUGGACUGAACUCACAAUUGUUUACUUCUUCAAAGCACUCUUGAUCAGUACUCUGCAGCAGCCCUAGCGCAAGGUUCCUACAGAGUUUACAUGAAUUACGCACUUUACUGAUCAUGAUAAUUGGUGGAUUUUUGAGCACGUUCUUUUAUUUUGAUGGAAGGGUGACUGACUUGGAGUUUAUGAAUAGACUUCAUUCACACACUAAGAACAUUCCGUUGUUACAAUAUCCAUUACGAAGAAUAGUUUUAAAAUGAAUAGGAGGUUUUUUGUUUUUUUUUACUCAUUACUGUGACAUUCUUUCCACAGCAAGUGACACCAGUUUUUUAUUUUUUCCCGGAAGGAAAAUAACAGCUGCCGUAAUGAAUUGGAAAAAGUAUUAAUUAUUGUGCAGUCUCUGCAUACAAUUUGUCAUCACCUCUUUCAAUAAGCGGACUUUGGGUUACUAAUCGGUGAUUAAUGUUCCUUACUAUAAAAUUCUACAAUAGUAGCAUAAAGGAUUGGAAAAUAUAUAUAGAAUUUAAAAAAAUAAAUUACAUUUUUUUUUCACAUUGAUCUCUAGGGAAUGAAAAGUGACUCAUGUGGAUUACGAGCUGAUUUUAGGGGAAACCUGUAUCAGAGUACAAUUCAGAAAAUUAUAAAAGAGCACUAUUUUUAAAAAUAUAAAUAUAAAAGUAUUAUUUUUUUGUCUUGUACCUUGUUUGAUUAGGAUUUUUUGUAAAAUAUCAGUACAAAAAGAGUGAUGUGUAUGACCUUGAGGACAGUAAAGUAGCACUUUUGGAGUGGUGCAUCACGUAUUUGGGAUAUUAUUAAAUGUUUAGGUCAACCCUGAGUGUGGCAAAAAUAUUAACUCUCUGUAGGGAUUGUGACCUAUAACCAGUUUAAGUAGGGCUUUGUGAUGGGGACCAUAAAUGUUUUGUUUUUUUUGGAAAAAGGCUAAAAACAUUAACCAAACACUAUUCUAAUGUAAUGGCUAAGUUUGUAAGCACACUAGGUGGUAUAUUAUGACUUGUACUAGCCUAGAAUAAUGGAAGAAUUCCCAAAAUGUUCUAAUAAUUCUCCAUUUUAUCGAUUACUUUUUUUUAGAGCAAGUUUGAAUCUCUGUUUAGAACGUUCGACAAAGAUGUCACCUUUCAGUAUUUUAAGAGCUUCAAGAGGGUUCGGAUCAACUUCACCAACCCACUAUCAGCUGCACAGGCCCGGAUCCAGCUGCAUAAGACUGAUUUCCUUGGGAAGGAACUCAAGCUAUAUUUUGCUCAGGUAUUAAUUUAUAUAUAGAGAAAUGGACAAUCAACUUGCUAAGUUUGUACUGGCCCUACGUUUGUUCUGUAGACUGUCUGUAAAUUAUAAUUUAAUUGUCUUUCAAGGAUACUUAAAAUCAUCUUUCGUAAGUAUAAAAUAAUCACCACUACAUCAAUGUACCCCAAAACCAGUGGGCACUAACCUAAAUUUAGAUGUCUCUCUUGACAUUGUCUCUUGUGCUCUUUUUUCCUACCAUAGAUAUAUAUAUUUUUUUCUAUUUUGAUACGUCUUAUGUGCUCUAAAAUGUUAUUCUUCCUUUUAUUUCUGUAGACUCUGCACAUAGGAAACCCACAUCUGGCCCCACCUAAACCAGAGAAACAAUUUUUAAUAUCCCCUCCUUCCUCCCCACCUGUCGGUUGGAAACAGGCAGAAGAUGCCACCCCAGUUAUUAACUACGACCUUCUUUAUGCCAUCUCCAAACUUGGUCCAGGUAAGCACCAUGCUGAGUGUGACUCACAAUCUAUUUAAUGAAACCUGGCAUUAAAAUAAUAAUGUAAUGGACAUGCAGUCAUUAUACUGUGUACUAUUACAGAAUUCUCUCAUAUGUAUAUAUUUACACUACAUUCAAGAGGUACGGUCACUUGUGCGAUCUUUGCGUGGUGCCCAUAGUAAGAGGAAUACAUUUGUAUCUAAAGUUGUGCAACUGUGUGACUACAGUUCUAACAAACCACGUUAGUGGCUUCUCCUAGAACUUUGCAAACUUUGUAAAUUCUUAUUGUCCUUGUAGCUUUGCAGUUUUGAAGUCCAGAAUAUCUGUUUUGGACAACAGUCACUUGAUUAUAUGCAGUGGUCAGCCACCAUUACCAAAAGGCAGUACGGCUUUGGUGACUAACUAUUUGCCUGUGUGGAUACCCAGACAUAUAUAUUUCUGUGAAAAUAUGUAAAACGAGGUUCCUUAAAUAGACAAAAAGAUCUCUAUUCCCCCAUACCUCCCCCUUACUGACUGAGAAUGAUUUAGAAUGCAGAAAAUAUGUAGAUUUCUUGCUAUAUUUGGUUUCCUGGCAGUGUUAUUCAAAGCUCGGCUGUUGAAACCCUUCUUCUCCUGUGUAGAAACAUCAGAUAUUCUGCUAAAUAACUGACUGCGUGGUAGGGAGUCGUUCUGUAUGUGGAAAGUGGAACAUUUUAGCUAAAGUUUACAGAAAUAGCUCCUGUGAUUAUACAAGUACAUCAGUCCAAGUUUCCGUUGUCUCCAGACCAGAACAUAUUUUUUGCAACACAUUUUUUCCUACAUUCUUUUAACAGGGAAAAAAAAAACCACCGCAAUUUAUUCCUCUUGCUAAUGUGGGAAUUUGUGAAGGUUUAUUUUCAGGCUAUUGCUUACUCCCUGUCAAAAUAUAUCCUGUGGUCCAAUAAAGAGCUUUUGUUGACGAAAGUACAAAAUGCAAAAAAAAAUCAGAUUUUUUUUUUUUGCUGCGAGGUGGAAUAAAUAGCCCAAAUUUGUUGGAAAUACGGCAUUUUCAAUCUCCAAAAUGUGACUCAGUUUGCAGUAAAACGCAUUACUGUUCUGAGCAGGCAUUAAAAAGAUUAACCAUUUUUCGUUAUUGAAAUAUGAUACAAUUCAUUUAAGUAAUAUAUCGUACAGAAAGAGGAACCAGAUAACCAGAACAUUUUAAAUCAAGUGCUGAUGAAACAAGCAUAUAUUACAGUUCAUUAUAAAGGAGGAAUGAGCAGAAAGGAAUUUGGUCUGAUCAAAUUAAUACAGACCGGUGCUGGGCCAUAUAUAUUUUUAAAUGGAUCAAAGCACUAAAAAAAAGACACUGUGUUCAUGAAAACCUGUAGAAUAGCACUGUCAUCGUCUUUACAUAUGUAGGUGAAGUGUCUCAGAAAAUCUAUUAAAUGACACAAAAAAAGAAUCAUUGUGGGUGUCCAAUAUUCACCUUUGGUAAAUAAGCUGCAGAGUUUGGCCUUUUCAGGCAUUGCCUUCAGUGUGCAAAAUUGCCUUGUUUCCACCGUACUUGGAUUGACUAAUGCCUGGGGACUGGAUCCCUCCAUUAAAGGGACACUGUAGUCACUAUAACCAUUUCACUUUUUUAAAAUUGGUUAUUGUGCCCGACGUCCCCGGUCACUGUCCCUCAAUUUAGUGUUAAACCAUAUUAGGGCAGUUUAACACUAAAUAAUAAUCCCUGGCCACCCACAGUCCGGCCCUUUCUGGAGGUGUGGCUAAGACACUUCCUUGUAGUCAUACCCAUUCAUACCGUCACAGCUCUGAUAGGCCUAAAGCAGUCAGCUGACACUCUCCGCCAAUAACGGACAGCUGGGAGGGCGCAACUUAACAAUUUUACAAAACUGACGAUUAGUCUUGAAAUCUGCACUUUUAUAAAUUGUGAAAUUUGGGGAUGUCUUUUUAACCCCUAAAAUAUUUUAGCAGGCUUAGUGCUCCUUUAUUCACUCCCCAAUGUUUUGUUUUAUUUUAUUUAUAAUACAUGUAGCUAUAUGAUGCCCCCUUUAUAUCUAUUGCAUAAUUUCUUCCUGUGUUUCUCAAUCUCCGGCUAGCAAACAAAACACCUUUUAGUAAAUUAGCUUAAUGUAGCCAGGUGGCUCUUUAAUCCCAUCCAUGAAUGUCUCCACCGUGAAACGUGUGUUACCAUUAGGGUACCAGGGUAGCUGGCAUGCUGGCUCAUCUCAUGCAAAUGAAACCGUUUCCGAUGAACAACAGAUGCUAAGCUUUCAAAGCUGUACAAGGAGGAUUACUUUUUUGAGCAGUAAAAUUAAUGUGACAACUUACAGCAUGUUUGCUACAAUACAGGCUGCUUAGGAAGUGUAAACACUGCCAGACCAACAACAAAAUCACAUGCCAGAGUAUUAUAUCUUCAUAACAUCUGCUUUUUCAGAAUUUAACAACAUUUGGCCAAUAAUAGAAUUAAUGGGAACAUCUAGGGUUCUUAUCGUAAAAUACGUUUCGUUCCAUCAGCAAGCGGUCUGUAGCACUUUGCAGUUCCCCAGUACUAACGCUGACUGUAUAAUGGAUUGCUCUGCCCCUCUUCCAAAGUUUUGCUUAUUUUUAGAAGCGUUUUGACAUGUGUUUAUGUUUUGUGUUUUAUUUUGUUUUUGUUUUAAUUAAACUGGGAAAAAUCCAGUGCUCUGUAUCAGAACUCUCUGGACAGUUGAAUAUAAGUUUAUAUUCUGUGUAUUUAGAAUUGGAUGAGGUCUUUCAAUACAACUAUUUAUCCAGAAAAGUAGGGAGUGCACAAUCACUUGGUCCAUGCAUGCUGCUUACAACAAUGUUAUUAAUGUUACCUUUUUGUUUCUAGGAGAGCAGUAUGAAUUGCAUGCUGCCACGGACACCACGCCAAGCGUCGUAGUCCACGUCUGCGAGAGUGAUCCUGAAAAUGAGCUGGAAGUAGUAGAAGAUGAAGACGGCACAUGUAAACCAAAAAUCAUCCAGACCAGAAGACCCGAGUACAUGCCUAUCCAUCUGAGCUGAAGCAGAGUCCGAGAUGCAUGCUGUGGUUAGACGUACCAUAUUUCAUGAAAUCUUUUACUGCCCAAGCGGCAGUCACCGUUUAGAACGGCAGUGGCUGAAUUGAAACGUGAGUCGGCAGAACCAAAUCAGGACGUUUCCUGUUAACUUUUUUUUAUGCCGAUCGCCGUUCUAAUGGCCUUUGUUCGAUACUCCCAUUGAGAUGAUGUUGAUGACCACCAAGAUGGGAAGUUGGAUCGAGAAUACUUGGAAAGCCUUUGUUAUUUCUCAUUGACUUUUUAUGAAACACCCGUUUUGAUACAGUGGAAUGUAGAGGGCUCUUUGUUUGUUAUUCAUUGUGUGAAGACAUGCGUGUCUAUGUUAUAUAAACACACCUUUGUACAUAGUUGCAGAUAUAUGUCUAACAUGGGACAGACAUCUCAACACCUUAGCAGUUGGAGUCUUUCGGAGUCUUUUUAUUGUAUAAUCCAACAAAAUGCUGGGGGAAACAUUACAUUUUUUUUGCUAUUUGUAUGUGAAGUAAGUUAGUAACUUUCCCUGUUUUUUGUUUUUGUUUUGUUUUUUUGUUUUUCUAGUUAGGCUACAAAUGUUUAAAAAGCAUAAAUAAUACUACAAGUGUUUUUUAGCUUCUGCAAAUCACCAAUAUGGACAAAAUGAUACAUGGAUUGAAAAUGUCCAUCUGUCACAGGCAAAACCAUUGAUUGUUGUAACGACAUUUUGGUAUUUAGCCUGCGUAAGUUUAAAUGAUAUUUUUUUGGUGCACUCUUUACUGCAGCCGACAAGUAUUUGCCGAGUGCGUCUUCUUGUUAAAGUCCAAGGGAUGUUUAAAACCCAUUAUCUUUAAAUGCAUACAUUAGUAUGCCUCCAUAUUUGGUAAGUGGACCUAUAGGCUAGCUUCUAUGCAUACCACGUCGCUGUGAUUUUUCUAAAACGUUCCUUUAUGGAGUAUAACUACAACGGCCACUUCCAUUCUGUAAUUUGAGCUGUAAUUAGUUAUAAGUAACCUCUGGCACUCGUCAAGCUGUGGAUGGUCAAAACCUUGGGUGGGUCCUCAAAAAACAUACACUGUAGUGUUGUAUUACUUUUUAUUGCAAUUUUGAUUUCAAAAUGUAAAUGUGCAGUUUGGUCACAAUACGUAUGUACAUUAUAUUUUACACUGCUCACCUCUCUGAACACGUAGCCAUAAGAAACCGUAACUAAUACGGAUUAGAUACAAAGCUGUGAUAGUGGAGUGAAGAAUAGAUUAGGAAGAGAUGUACAUUUAGGCAUAGGUAAACAUUCUUCUGCAUUCAAAUAAAUGUCCAGCCAUUUACGUGAAUGGAUAUGACCAACAUCUGUGUAUUUUUUUUUUUUUUUGCAAACAUAACAUGCACCCUUCCCUACACACAGUGCCUUUUAGGUUGUUAAGGUAUCAUGGUAUUACUGAGUUGAAACAGCAGGUUCUAAAAAAAAAUAAUAUAUAUUCAUUAAUGCAUGCGUCCCCUAUUGCAGAGACCUUGGAAUCACAUCGUAGCUGACUUUGCUGCGUGUUCAGACUGCUUGAUGCCACAAUUCGUAGAUGUUCUAAUUUAAUACCACGUACUUGGCGUAAUUAUAGGUGGAAUAUGGAAUAUUAUAGCUGAAGUGUAAGAAACUAAUGCAUGAUAGCAUGACCUUCACAGAUUUCUGCUUGCCAUUUCUGAUUAAACUUUAUCCCAACUCUUCCUUAGCUUAUCUUUGAGUCGGACAUAAAGCAUAGCUGAUAUUUCAGACCGUUCCCUGCACUGUACGGCAGUUGACUGGAAAAUUAUGGAAUGGUUGAUUGGGCUCUGUUUUCUACCCAGUUUUAAAAACACAUUUAAAGGAACACUAGGACGUUAAGAAUGCAAACAUGUAUUCCUAACGCUAUAGUGGCGUGCUGGCUUUUUAGAUUACUGGAUCCUCCCUUUUCCCCAUAAUCACUGUACUCUAUGCACGUUCCGCCUCCAUGGCUGAAAUCAUCAGUCCUGAUGAUCUCAGCCAAUCUAAUGUGUCUGCAUUGGGAAGCCAGUGUGCAUGCGCAGCAAGCAGACCAACUGUGCCAAUUAAAUGCUGCUCUGGGAGAAGCAUUUGAUUGAGAACUGAGUUAGAGGUGUGUUAACCCUGCUAUGGAAACACUUACAUUGCUGGGUUACACGAAAGGUUCACUGCACACGGAUCACUUCAUUGAGAUGUAGUGGUGUGGGUGAUUUUAAUGGUCCUUUAAGGUAAAGUCUGAAUAGUUGGUUGUUCAAAGAGAAUUUAAAAUUUUUGGCAAAAAUAAUAAACAUGUCUUUGCGCAAUUUUGACUUAAAAGUUUAAGUUCCCUUUAAAUUCCCAUCAAUUGACGGAUAAUAACUCUAAUCUGACUGAUCACAUUUCUUAAUGCACCUUUUUUUAUUUCAUACUCAAGUGUGCUCGGUCCUCUUUAUUUGCAUCGUGUCCACUUAUACUAGUGCCCCUUAGUGUAGAAUAGCCCUCACUGCAAGGAUGCACACAAACCGAAUUAAAGAGCAGAAUUUAUAACCCCAUUGAAAAGUACAUUUGAUGUCUGACUCUGUCUUCAAUUGCAGUGCUGUCAUUCAGAAACUGUUCUAGAUCAGGAAAUGUGUUAGCAACAACUAUUUUCUUCCAGCCUCAGCCAUUGCAAUGUUUUCUAAGUGAUAAACUCGGAUUGGACACUUGCUGUCAAGGAAAGUCUGUUAUUUUGUUCUGUGUUAUCACAAAAUACCAGUCGCUUAACCCCAUUUUUAAAGCCUGCUGUUAAACUGGAAGUUUGAAUUCAUGUUUCAGUUUUAUAUGUAAUAUUUCAGAUAAUAAAAUCUCUUUGCAUUAGCAUGUUAAAGCUA